CUCUCUAGGAGAGGCACACAUAGUUUUGUGUGCUGAGUGGCACUAUUCCAUCUGUGGCAGAUUCCCUGUGGUGGGGUGAGUGAGGGUUUUCUAAAUUUUACAGAAGGUGAAGGAGAUAAAUUGCAAAGGGGUUUUUUUAAAGAGGAGAUUAAGAUCCAGGAAGACAAGGAAAGAAGAGUUGAGGCUGUGUUUUAAAGUGGAUAAAUGCAAUGUGGAAAAAUAAUUUGAAUAGGACUGCAUGUAUAUGUUUAACCUGUUUGAAAGUGCAAGAGUAAUUCUGGGGCUUUUGCUUUUCACUAGGGCAGUUGCGAGCGUUGUGAACCCCCACUGACUGGGCAUCUCCAGUCCCUCAUUGAAACCUAGCCUCAGAUAGCCACACAUAAAUGCCAGCAGGGCUGCUAUGCAUUAUGCAAUAGGUGGAACUAGAAACUUGACAGCUGUGGCUUUCGUAUCAUAAAGGUGUAAGGAAAGGGGGUGAAUGAUAGCCACUAAGGGCAAUGACCUGGGAAUCCUCAGAUUCAAGUUUUCCCCAGUGCCCACAAAAUGCAUUUACAAAGAGCAGGUGCUACCUUGCAGGGCUGUUUGUAGAGACCUCCAAAGCGAACAUUUUUGGUGCCCCUUGAGUUAAAAGGGGAAAGUAGAAUGAAAAACUUCUGAUGAAUGUUAUUCGCCAGCAGCUCUGCCCUAUAUUCAGUAAAGGGAGACUCUCGUAAUGAACUUAUUUACCUUCUGUUCUAGCUGGUGGGUGGGUUGUAUUUAAAUCCAGCAAAUUGUGGGGUGGGGAGAAAGAUACUGUUCACAGUAGCUAUCAUCUGCUUGUAGCCAGCUUUGAUUCUGGAAAUGGAAUAUUUUGUUUCUUUUCUCCCUAUUUUACGCUUGUGACACCCCAACAAACAUGGGCAUAGCCAGGAUUUUUGUUGUGGGGGGCAGGCUUUUGUUAGGGGGACAGAACCUCAGAUUAGGCUAAUCUAGGUUAAUCUGGCUGCCCAUCUAUUACUGAGCCAGGUUUAAAGUCCAUGUAUUAAAUUACCAAGCCUUGAACAACUUAGGUCUAGGGUAUACCUCAGGGACAACUUGAACCCUUAUAUCCCGGCUCAGCUGUUGAGAUCCUCUGCAGAAGCGUUGUUAGCUAUUCCCUCAGCUGGUGAGACUCAUUUGACAAGAACAAAGAGCCAAGCCUUUAGUUUCAUUGGCCCAGUCCUGUGGAACUCCCUGCCUCUGGACAUUCAGUAGGCAUCUUCUGUGCCAACUUUUAAACACUUGCUGAAAACUUUUCUAUUCUGUCAGACUUAUGCAAGGAAUUGAAAAUACAUCUUUCCACAAUAGCUUGCUGAUUUCUCAUUCUUAUAGUUUAUAAUGGUUUUUAUUGUGUGGUUUUAUGUACUACUGUAUAUGAAAUAGUGGUAUAUAAAUAUUUUUAGAAAUAAACAAAAAAUUCAGCAUUUUCACUGCUACACCACACUGACUCUUCGGGACAUGUCCACCUUUUAUCCUCCUAACAACCCAGAGGUUAGGCUGAGAGAUAGGGACUGGCUCAUGGGCAUCUCAGUGAGUUUCAUGACUGAUCCUGAAUCUCCCGGGUCCUGACACCAUGCUGCAUGAGCUGGCUUGUACAGAAGCCCCCAAAUACUUGGCAAAAAAAAGCAAACCCAGAAAAGUUGUGGAUUGUGGCUAUUCUUUUGUUCCGUUUGCAACUGGUACCCCCAUUCGUUCUUCUUCCCCUGCUCCAAAUAAAUCCCAGGCUGCACACAGAGGAAAUUGAAAAUGCAGUCUAGGCUGGUUGUCCAAAGCAGAAACUGUGGAGGUCUUUGUUUGGUCUUCUCAAUCAUUUAUGCUGAUGCCAGGCAUGAUGGUGCCAACGAGGCUACCUACACAAUGUGCCAAGUCCACUGAGGGGUAAAAAAACAACUUUUAAUUGGACAAAUGAUGGUAGAAACAGCCACAUGGAUCUCUAAAGCAGAGCCGGACACCUUUCAGCUCUUGGGCUGCAAACGGCCUGCAGUCUGAUUUCACCCUGUUUUCUUUCAGAUGUCUGUUAAGAACUUUAUUGUUCAAACUAGCCUUUGGAACAGAGGCCACAUCCUCAUACUGCUUUGAACAGCCAUGGCUUCUCCCAAAGCAUCCUGGGAAGUGUAAUUUGUUAAGGGUGCUGAGAGACAUUAGGAGACCCCAUUUCUCCUCACAGGACUGAAGCUCCCAGAGUAGUUUUAUCAACCAAUCCCUCUUCCCAAAGAACCCUGGGAAAUGUAGCUCUUUGAGGAGGAAUUUGGGAGGAUUUCUUAACAACCUAUAGUUAGCAACCUAUAGUACCCAGGAUUCUUUGAGGGAAAGCCAUGCCUGUGGUUUUGGGGAAAUGGUAUCAGAGUGCAUGGCGCAGAUUUGACCUGGGUGUCUAAAACAGGGGUGGACUCAUAGUCUAAUUUCUGGAGUGGGGAGCCCUCACAGCUGUAUGUGACCCUCCAAGUCUUUAUGGCCUUUGGGGCUUUCUCUGGGCUACACUACCUCCUCCUCUGCCACACAAAGACCUCCCCAUGUCUCUUUCCCCACCAGCCCUGCCCCCCACCCUCCUUAAGUCUCUUUCCCUGGAUGGGAUGUGUCCUUGAACUCUGACCAUGCCUCUUCCUUGUCUGGAUGGAGGGUAGAGAAAUGGAUGUGUGAGAGUCUAUGGAAACUAGCCUACUAUCCAAAUGUAAAAUUUGCAUUUCUUGCUCCACCCACUUUUGCCCCUGGCCCCUGGGAGGUUGCACAGAAGGGAAUGUGGCCCUCAGGCAGGAAAAGGGGUUUUGAAUCCCUGGGAUAAAAAUUCCAGUGAAAUAGGGAUGUGCCCAAGGCCAAUCUUCUGGUCGCCAAGAAGAGUAUUCCUCAGCCACUGAAUUCCCUGGGGCUUUCAAAUUCCUCCUAAAAUUUAAUAAUGAUGGAGAAAAGUGCACCUCAUUGGAGAGAGCAUUCUGCAGCUGCGGAGCCACCACUGAAAAGACCACUGUUGUGGGGGGGGGAGAGUAAAGAGUCUUUGUCCCAACCUCUGUCUGGUACCCAGUGUGAGGAAUCGUUUCUGUUUCUACUGAUAGAGACAAUGUCUCAGAGCAAAGGCGUCGUGGUCCUUGCCUACAGUGGGGGGUUGGACACCUCGUGCAUCCUGGUCUGGCUGAAGGAACAAGGCUACAAGGUCAUCGCCUAUUUGGUAAGUUGACAAGGUGGAGUUCGAGCAGGAUCCAGGAGAGGAAGGGCUAUAGGUGUAACUCAGUAUCCCGUUCUCACUGGGGCCUCUCAGAUGCCUGUGGGAAACCAGCAAGCACAGUAGUGUAGCUGGCCAGCGGGGGCAGUCCGCACUGGGUGGGUGGGGGCAUAGGGUGGCAUGGGGGUCUUUAGGGUAGCACAGAGCUUUGUAGUGCGGCACAGUGGAUGCUAUGCAUCUGGAGGUGGGAUUCUGGGCAGCAGGGGAGCUUGAGGGUGGCAUGGUGGUAAUGGGGCAUUUCAGACUCUGCAGGGGGGCAGAGCCACUUCCCAUGCCUGAAAUCAGCAGCUAUGGAAUUCUGGUGGCUGCCCUUAAAAAACUCAACAACUUUGGCCUGCCCCGGGUGCCAGUGGGGGUUGCUACGCUGCUGAGCAAGCAGGACCCGAGCAUAAGAGCAGCUCUCCCCUCAUGUGGUUUCCAGCAACUGACAUUGUGGCCAGCUUUAUCCUCUUCCAUGAACUUGUCUAAUCCUGUUUUAAAGCCAUCUAGGUUAGCAGCCAUCCAUGCCUCCUGUAGAAGCAAGUUCCAUAGUUUGCACUGCGAAAAGGACAUAUUUUUAAGCAUCCUGAAUCUUCCAACAUUCAGCUUUGUUGGAGAUCCAUGAGUUCUAGCGUUAUGAGAGAGGGGGGAAAUGUUUUUUCUUCUUCUGUCCACUAUAUCUAAACAAAGAAGUUCCAAAAAUUGCAACCCUUCCUCACAGGGGAACAUUUUGGUUGCUCUUUUCUGAACCUUUUCCAACUCCACAAUAUCCUCCUCCUUUUAUUUUGCAGUAAGAUUUGGUUAAAUCUUGGGUCAGUUCUGGCUGAAAUUCUGGGUUAGCCACAGUUCAGCAAAGAAUCUGAUCUAUGUGUGUCUUCCAUCUCCCCACCCCUUUUACCCCAAAACAAAUAUUAAUAUAUGGCACGGUGUCUACUCUUCCAGGCCAACAUUGGACAAGAGGAUGAUUUUGAGAAGGCAAGAAAGAAAGCACUUUCCUUGGGAGCCGAAAAGGUGAUUCCUACACCCCCCCUCCACAUGCUAACAGUCAAUCAAAUGGGUUGCAAAUCCACAGAGCUGUCAGACUGGCCUAAUUUGCAGGGUUAGUUUGUCAGGUUGAUGGGAGAGAAUGUUAUGCAUGCAUUAUUAACAGGUCAGAAGCAUUGCAAGUGGAUUGCUCUGGGAAUUAUUUGGAAAGUUGCCUCUACAGCUAUGUAUAUGAAAUGAUGGCGUGGGAGGAAUUUGCCUACAAUGGCAGCACAGAAAUACUCUCCAAGUAUAAAUCUUCCUAUAGACAUAAAAUCUAAGACUGUCAUCAUUCUGCAGUUCACAUGGCUGCCAAUAGGUGGCCAUGCCAAUUGCAGCUUGACAACAGGAGCCUCUCAGCACUGGCCCCAGCCUGGGCAGUGCCACCUCCCAUGCCUGGUGCCUGACUGCCUGGGCCUCAGAAGUGCUGGGUGAGGGAGGAAGGCUACACUGGGCUGGGGGCCUCUCCCUGGGCUGCACUCACUUGGCUCCAACUUCCCUCCCUCCCUCCCUCCCUCCUCCUGUUGACCUUUUGGUUGGGUGUUGGGCAGUACCCCCUCCCCAAUAUUUUAUUCAAGUUAGUGCCAUUGAAGGGGACCACUGGAAAACUGUUGCCCAAGCUGAAGCCAGGCAAAGUCAGCCCCAGGCUGACCUCACCCUGCUCUAGCAAGAGGUUGCAUGGUGGGGUGUGUGUGUGUGUGGGGGGGGGUGAUGCGAUGCCAUUUUUUGGUUUUCAGGCAGCAGAAUGUCUUGGGCUGGCCCUGCACCAGAGAGUUUGCACUUGGGAUCACUAAGCACAGCUUGGUUGUGCAUUGACUCCCAAGAUAUACCUACUAGGCACUCUUUGUAACUUUUGUAAAAUACAGCCUUGUAUUACAGUUUUAAAACUGUAUUUCUAUAGCUGUUGUGUGGAUUGCCAACUUUCUGAAGCGGGGAGGGCAGGCACCUGAAUCAGGGUGUCAGAUGAUGAAUGUAAUUUUUGGGGCAGGCUUUACUUGCCCCAUCACCCCUUGGCAGGGUUCUGAGUUCAAAAUGUGCCUCCCUUCAGCUUCUGAUAAAUAACUGGGAACAAUCCCAUCCCCUCUCCUCCUCUCCAUCGGUCUCAGGUUUACGUUGAAGAUAUCAGCAGAGAGUUUGUGGAGGAAUUCAUCUGGCCGGCGGUCCAAGCCAACGCGAUUUACGAGGACAGAUACCUCCUGGGCACGUCACUGGCCAGGCCCUGUAUUGCCCGUAAGCAGAUGGAAAUAGCGCAGAAAGAAGGUGCCCAGUAUGUUGCCCAUGGAGCUACAGGCAAGGUAAGCAUUUGACGACUGGUGCUCAUUGAGACUGGCGGGAUGUAAGGCAGGAAGCCCAGCAGUAGGUGGCGCCAGAGCCAGCUGAUUCCAGUUCUGUCCCCAUCUUUCCUCUGCUGGGUUCCACAAGGACAACACUGAGACUUAAGGAAGACAAGGAAGCUGUCAGGCGGUGCCACUUGCUGGAUUGGUUGUAGGCAGGUGGGAGCUGGCUGAGCGCAGACUGGAAGAUUCAGGACAGAUAAAAGAAAGGACUUCUUCAUGCAGUGCAUCAGUGCUUUUAUUCAACCGGAGUGUGCUGGAGUGCAGUUCCAGCACGUCUCAGGUGAGUGCCAUUGCGGGCCAGCAUUCCUCUGCACUUCUUGCCUUUACAGUCAUACCUUAUAUUACGUUUGUUUCAUGUUACGUUUUUUAAGGUUGCAUCCCACGGUGACCCAGAAGUACUGGAAAUGGUUACUUUUGGGUUUCACCGCUCGCGCAUGCGCAAAUGCACAAAAUGACAUCAUGCACAUGUGCAGAAGCGGCAAAUCGCAACCUGCGCGUGUGCAGACGUGCCUCUGUGGGUUGCGUUCUUUUCAUGUUGCGAACGGGCCUCCGGAAUGGAUCCCAUUCUCAACCAGAGGUACCACUGUAUGUACUUCUGAGAAGCCCAAAACGAACAUUUCAGGUCAAUACAGAAACAGGCCGGUAUGUGUCAGUCUACACUUUUUUUUUAGAUCUAUGACUCCACCUAGCUCCUAGCCGUGACUGGUCAAGCUAUGGGACAGGGCCAAUUCGUAUUUCAUUUUCUUCAAUCAUUAUCCCAUGUAGUGGCAACAGGCUAUAAGCUUUGCAGCCAGGCCUCUACUGUUGCACACAUGUGUGUUUCUGCAAGGGCAUUUCUGAGCUGCCCUAGUCAGCCACCUGAAUCAAAGAGAAUGAGGGAGGCAGGGGCGUAUUUAUUUGACCUGCACCAGAACCAGGGGUGACCUCCAAACCAGCUAGGGAGACAGCUUGCCUUAUUUUUUAGCACCUUCACGGGUGGUGAAUGUGGCUGUUGUCAAACCAGCAUCUGUUCACGGUUGCCCUGAGUUGCCCAGCGACUUACUGUAACAACUUCAUGUUUUUCUUGAACAAGAGCACUGCAGUGCAGAGUUAAACUAUGGAACUCAAAACUGCAGGAAGCAGUGAAGGCCGGUAACUUGGAUGGCUUUAGAAAAGGAUAAGGCAAAUCUAUAGAGGAGAGAGAUAUCAAUGGUUACUAACCAUAAUGGCUCGGCUCUGCCUCCACAGUUGGAGACAGCAGUGCGUCCAAAUAACAGUUUCUAGGAGACACGGGAGAGUUGAGGGCCCUUGCCCACAGGUCCUGCUUGCGGGUUUGUUGCGGGCAUCAAGUUGGCCACUGUGACAACAGGAGGCAUGGGUGUUUGGCCUGAUCCAGCACGCUCUUCUUACAUUCAUAUUGGCUGAGAUUGGGGGCAGUGCCCCAUUUGCUCUUUCAAUGGCCUCAACUGCUUAGCCUGAGAGUUGCUUGGAGACCACCUCAUGGAGCUACAGUUCCCAGCAGCCCAAGCUAACUACAGUUCCCAGGAUUUGUGGGAAGCCAUGCCUAUUCAAAGGGCUUGAGGGUGCUUUAAAGGUAUGAUGUAGAUGUGACCCAAGAUUCUAGUCCUCAUAGAAUAAAGGACUGAAUUAAAUAGGAACAUAAAUCUGCCUUUUACUGAGCCAGACAGCUGAUACAUCUAGCUCAGUAUUGUCUGCACUGACUGGCAGUGGCUUUCCAGAGUUUUACUAGCUCCUAUCUAGAGAUGUCAGGGACUGAACCUGGAACUUCUACAUGUCAAACAGGUGCUCUGCCAUAGACAGCCCAUAAUUCAGGACUGGGGUUUCAUGGAAGAGCAACCUAAUCAACCCUUAGGCUGUGUACACACCAGACAUUUAAAGUACACCACCCAAUCAUGUGAGCUGUAAUUUGUUAAGGUUACUGGGAAAUUUAGCUCUGUGAGGCAUAAACUAUGGACCUCAGGGCUCUUGGGCUGCUGUGAAAUUUGCUUUAAAAGUGCUUUAAAUGUGUAUGCAGUCCUAUUGAAUCAAAAGAUAGCCUUUUAGCACUGCACUGCAAAAGAUAGCACUGCACAAACAUGAGAACUAGAAGCUUGUUUUAAAAACAAAACUGGAUCUGGAAUUCUCACGAGACCCAUCCCAAGUUGGGGUAGGGGUGGGAGGAAGAUAAUGUAGCCUUUUCGGACUAUGCCCUUUGGGGUUGUUCAAGAAGACUGGAUGCCAAUCUUUUGCAAAUCUGGUGUGUUUUCUUUUUCAAAUCUGGCAUGUUUUCUUUUUCGGUUAAAAAUUAAGCUGCUUUCCGGCAGAGGGGAGAGUCCAUCUGUUGCCCUGGAGUUGCUGGCUGGCUGGCUCAUCUAUUUAACCAUGGAAGCAUGCUAAGCCUAAGCAACCGCUUGAGGAACCCCAAGAUUCCUGGGGCAUCUGCUCUGCAAUGUGGAGAUCUUCAGGGGGAACAGCUUGCACAGCAUUACAGACAAGAAAUCCUAGCCCAUCAAACCCCAGUCACUGUUUCUCCAAAUGCCCAGAGAAAUGAAUGUGUCUUCUGAUGAAGCUGGAAUGAUGGCAGUGGUGCGCACAGCUCAGCUGAAAGGAAAUGCCACAAUCGGGUGGGAGCAAACGGAGUGGGAAGCUGAGGCCUCUGGAUGUUAAUGGACUACAACUCCCAUCAUCCUUGACCAUUGACCAUGCUGACUGGUGGUUGAUGGGAAUUGGUGCCCAAUCAGGGAUUGAAGCCCAACAAGAUGUUAUAGUCCAACAAGUUCUGGAGAACCACACAGUCUCUCUAUUUGUGGACUAGAUGAUCCUUUAAUCCCAGGACAUAAAAAUGUAAGAGCUUUCUGGGUCAGGCCAAAGGGGGUCCAUCUAGUCCAGCAUUCUGUUCUCACACUGGCUGACCGGAUGUGUGUGGGAAACACAACCACAAAACAUUCAACCACAAAAGCAAACUUCCCAUCCUGUGGCUUCCAGCAACCCGGGAUUCUCCAGCUGUCGUUCCUGGCUUGCAGGGGGCUGGACUAAAUGAUCCUUAGGUCUCUUUCGACCCUACAAUUCUUUGGUUCUACCAUAUCUGUUUUAUAAUUUUAAUUAUAAAAUAGGGGGUUUAAAAUAAGAAGCUACCCAUUUAAAUCUCACUCUAGUGAAGUUACAGCGCUCAUUCUCGGUCUCACUUUGGAAAUAAUUUGGAAAUCUAUGUGGAAAUAAUAAGUGCUCUUUAUUUCUGUUGUUGGUCUAGAAAGUUGUAUAGCAGGCUUCUUUCCACGAGAGGGUGCAAUGAAACCGUGCUUUUAAAGCCGCUUCCUUCCCAUUCUAAAGUUGCUGACUCAGAGUUUCUCUGGCUUGACAAGGCAGGAACUGUCCAGCAGGGGGGGGAGAGAGACUGUGCAAUGGACCCCCAGCAUCCUUCCAAGGAGUGCCUGUGGACUGUUCGUGAAUCAGGGAUGAAGCUUUUCGUGGCCAUUAAAGGCUGCUCUGAUCUCUGUUCCCCUUUGAUUCCAGUCCAUUAACUUCACUGCUUGGGUGUUGAGAGGAAUGAAAUAAACAAUGGCUUAUGUGAGCUCAAAAGAAUAAAAAAAUCUCCCUGGACCUACAGGGGAGAUGGACUGCCAUCCUGUUCUCACAGUGGUCAACCAGAUGCCCCAAUGGGAAAUUUGCAGGCAGGAUUCGAGCACAAAAGCACAACUAUCCCCUCCUGUGAUUUCCAGCAACCGGUGGUCAAAAGCACCCCUGCCUUCAGCUGUGGAAGCCACUGUGCACAGCCACUGUGGCUAGUAGCCAUGAAGGAACAGCUUUCCCUUCUAUGAAUUUGCCCAAUCCUCUUUUAAAGCCCUCCAAGCUGGUGGCCAUCACUACCUCCUGCAGGAACAAGUUCUAUGGUUUAACUGUGCGCUGCGUCCUGAAGCUUCCAACAUUCAGUUUCAGUGGGUUGCCACAAGUUCUAGAGCAGGGUUUCCCAAACUUGGGCCUUCAGCUGUUUUUUGGAGUACAAUUCCCAUCAUCCCUGACCUCCUGCUAGCUAGGGAUGGUGGGAGCUAUAGUCCAAAAACAGCUGGAGGCCCAAGUUUGGGAAAUCCUGUUAUGAGAAAAGGAGAGAAACCUGCCUCUAUACACCUUCUCUGUGUCAUGCAUAAUUUCAUAAAUUGUGUCACCUCUUAAUUGUCUUUCCUCUAAACGGAAAUGUCCCAAAUGCUGCAACCAUUCUCUCAUAGGGGAAAUGGUUAGGGAGGCCAGGAGAACCAGUAACCUGAUUCCCCGUCUCCAAAGCAGUCCAUCCUCUGGUUGCAUUGCCAACUUCUUUAAUGCACCAUGCACCAUCUGCAGGACCUUGCAGCUGGGCAGCAGAUGGGGCUGUUUGGGGCCUGCAAGGGAAAUGAGUGUUCUAAUAGAUGUUUCCUCCAGAGUGUUUUGUAACAGUCCCUGGAGGCUCCUGCAGUCAGGAACAAGUUUAGCCAUGUGUAUUCUCUUUCCAGCCCUCUCCUGAAGAACAUCUCCACCUAAUUUCCAUGGGCACUGUUUAUUACUUGUGAUUACAUUUAUACCCCGUCUUUCUUCAAAGACGGCACACAUGGUUGUCCUGCUACCCACUUGCAACCUCACAACAACCCUGUGAGGCAGUCUAGGCUCUCAGACAGUGAUAGGUCCAAGGUCAUGCCCCCCCCCCCCAACUAACCUCCCAAUUGUCUCCACCCAAGAAGGGGUGCGAUGGUAAGACUGUAAACUCUCAAAAGCGGUGUGCAGUCGUUGCUAAGUUUGCGAAGCACUGCUCCAGACUAUGGACCUUCUGAGUUAUCUCCUCACCUUGAAACCGUGUAAAGGGACUGUUUUUUGGAAUCCCCCCUUUUCCUCCAAGUUGCUCAAGGUGGCAUACAUGGUCCUCACACUCUUUAUUUAAUCCCCACAACAACUCUGUGAGGCAGGUUAGGCUGAGAGUGAGUGGCAACCCAAGGUUACCCGGUAAGCUUCACGGCCAGGCAGCAAUUUGAACCCUGGUCUCUCAGGUCCUAGCCCAACACUCUAACCCCUAUUCCACACUAGCUCUCCUUGACGGGAAGGCUAGGAGGUCACCUGCUUUUGCAUGCAGAAGUCCUCCAAGUUCAAUCCCCAGCACCCUGCCCUGAAACCCUGAGCAGCUGCUGCUGGUCAGUGGAGACAGUACUGGUGGUGCAAUGGUUCAACAGCUUCCUAAGUCCCUGUAUAAUUCCCAUCUUUAAUUUAGAACUAGGAGGACUGGAAUCUUAACUUUUAGGGGAAGGGGCUUAGCUGAGUUGUAGGCUACCUGCUCUGCAGGCAGAAAGUUGCAGGUCCAAUCCCUGUGGGCAUCUCCAGGCCGGGCUGGGUAAAGACCCUCUUCCUGAAAGCUCUGGAGGGCAGCUGCCAGACAGGGUAGACAGCACUGAGCUAGAGGUACCCCACGGUUUGACUCAGGAGAAGGUAGCUUCCCGUGUUCCUAUUUAAAUCAGCUCUUAGUUCUGAACCAAGAUGACCAGAAGCUCUUUCAAGUGUCCCAUAGGGACUAGAAACUUUGACCACGAAUCAAAGCAGAGGUCCCCCUCCCCACUGGAAUCUGACACACUUCUUGCUUUUGAAAAUUGUGAGAUGUAUGUGCACCUGGUGACAUCAAACAGACCAGACCCCAGCCCCGCUGGUUGAUAACUGAGUGGAACGAUCCAUCUUUGGGAUGGCUUUGUGCCAGUAUUUGCCUUUUGCAAUAAUGGUAAGCAGAUGGGCGAGGGAUUACACGCUCACUGAGAAGGUUAAUUAGAGAAAGACACUGUCUGGGGGUGUACUAUGCCCAUUGAUGUACAGGGGGAGCCCAUCAAGCCAUUAGCUACAGUUCUCAUUAAAAGAUAGGUGCUUUCCCUGACACUUAUUACCUCUUCCUACAGCUUGUGAGUCGCAAGUGGGAACUCUGGACUACUCCAGAUGACCUGUUUAUUGAAUAUCCUCCUGAUUUGCUUGUACAAAACCAAUGGAGAGGUUAGGCUAUGCCCAGACCUUAAUGAGUAUGUUUUCUCAUUUGUUUCCAAGGAGGUUAUACAAUAUAGGAGAGUUUGUUUGCAAUGAGGGUGUACUAUAAAGGAGUAUUCAUCCUGCUAAUCUCUGGAUUUGCUGGCAGGGUUUUACACAUCUUCCCAUUAAUCAUUCCUUCACCCCACUCUUCUCAAGCAUUUCCCUUUCGCUUUCCUAACUGCAAAAGUCUCUCUCUUUUAGAGCCAGGGUGACAGAACUCUUUAAUCUGCUUUACGUGCAUAAACCUAAAUAUCCAGAAUGCACUUGAAACUUUCCUGCAGAUAGUGAAACAGGUUAACCUCCCCCCCUUCAUGUUCCAUGAUACUAAUUAGCCUCUUCCCUCCAUUCUUCUGAUUAAUGCUUUGUUUGAAACAGUAUCAUAUCACUUUAAUCAGUCAUGACUUUCUCCAAAGAAUUCUGGGAGCUGUAGUUUGUUAAGGGUGCUGAGAAUUGUUAGGAGACCCCUAUUCCCUUCACAGAACUACAUUUCCCAGAGUGGUUUAACGAUCGAUCCCCUUUCCCAAGGAACACUGGGAACUGCAACUCUGUAGGAUGACAGGGAUAGCUAACAACUCUCAGCACCCUUAACAAACUACAGUUCCCAGGAUUCUUUGAGGGGAGCCAUAACUGUUUAAAGUGGCAUGGUACUGCUACAAAUACAGGCUUUGUGAGAUUUUUUUAAACUAAAAAAAUGCCAGCUUCUAUGGAAAUGUCAACUAUCCGAUAAAUAAGAGACCAAAAUUGACUGAUUUGCCUACCCCUAAAUGCUAAAAGAACCUUUUAUAGGAUGCCAGUGUAAACCAAACCUUAAGUUUACCUUUUUUAAUUUAGAGAAAAGAAGGUCUGUACAGGUAUUAAAUCAAGAGUUAUUGAUGUAUCUCCCCAUAAAGCUCUUUUUCAAGAGUUGCAAUGAGGACUAUAAGCUUUAAAGUCGGCAAAAGGAAGCAAUUGGGGGCUCUCAUAAAGAGCUGGCCUUUAUCAACUUUCCUAGUGAACCUCAGUCAGUCUGCAGCCAAUCAGUCACAGUGGGGCAGGAAAAAAAUGCUAGCCCUUGAUCAGCAUGGCAGGAAUUGAAACCUGCCUGUGAUUCAGGAGUGUUUGAUUGUACUCUGUGUUCUUCUGUCCUUUUUAGGGUAAUGACCAAAUUCGCUUUGAGCUCACCUACUAUGCCAUCUGCCCUCAGAUCAAGGUAAGGAGCUAUACCAGUGCACUGAUGAUCUCCCAUCAAAACAAAGUUGAUAAAUUAUCGGAGGGGGCAUUCGUUUUAGUGGGGAAUAGAAAAUCAAACUGAAUUGGGCCUCAGUUGGGAUGCCGAUUCAUAGCAUGAGAUGGGGGAGUUUAUUCUCUCUGGUGAUUGCAGAAGACCCCUGUUCCUCUCCUAAGAACUACAAUUCCCGGAGUUUCCUUAAGAUGAGGGAAUCAUUGUUUAAACCACUCUGGGAACUGUAGCCCUGGGAGGGGAAGAGGGCCUCCUAACAAAUCUCAGCACCCAUAAUGAACUACAGAUCCUGGAAUUCUUUGCAGGGGCAGAAACGUAACUGUUUAAAGUCGUAUCAUAGCGCUUUAAAUGUAGGGUGCAAAUGUGGCCUCAGUUAGUAACCCAGUGGUUCCCAAAGUGGGUGAUACCGCCCCCUGGGGGGCAGUAGGAUUACAUGUGGGGGUGCUAAGAGGCAAGUGGGCAGCAGAGGGUGCUGGUGGAUAUGUAAAUGACCAUCAUAUUUUGAAAAGUUAGCAUUUCUGGAUCAAAUUUAGCAGUUUUGUUGAAUUAAUUCAACUAAAUAGUUUUAAUUGGAUUAUGAAUAAAUGUGCAAUUAAUUGUUACUAUUUUGAAUGUUAUUGUGCUGUUAUCUUCCUUAGUGGGGCUAUUCUGAAUAUUGCUAUUUUAUAGGGUCGGGAGCAUUGGAGAUGUGUAUGGAACCAAGAGGGCAGUAGCCAGAAAAAGUUUGGGAACCAUUUUUUUAACCCUGAAGCUUCAAUAUACUCUAGAAUUCCAUUCUGUUGUCUUACACACAAUUCCCUCCCCAUUUUUUUGCUGAUGCCCAUCUGAAGGCAAUCCUAUUUUAGCUGAUGUCCCUUCCCAGCCAAACAACUGAAACUAGAAAUCAGUUCUUCUGAGUUACAUAAAAAACCCAGAAAAUUUGUUGUCAAAUCUACUGGCUUUCAAAUGGGUUGUUCUGAUCUUUUAAUCGGCCUCCUGUUUUAACCCAAACUGGAAAAGGCGAAAUGGACACCUGAAUUGCACCUUGCCUUGGGCUGGUCAUUAAGUUACAGUAACAGCUUGAGAGCAUCUUGGAUUACCUUUGUUUGGUGAGAUUAAUGCAGGAGAUGCUUAAUGGCCAGUGCUCCUGGCUAUCCAAAAGAGCUUUGAAACUCUCUCUCCUCCAGGCAAGGGUUCAUUCUAGUAGCUGGUUUGGGGAAAGUCUCCAGAGCUGUGGUCCCCAAACUUUUCCAGGCCACUAUCACCUUGGUUCCAGAAACUCAUUAUUCUGAAUGGCAGUUUGCACGACCCGCUAAAGAAGAUAAUAACACAAUAAGAUUCAAAACAGUAACAAUGAAUUAGCAUUUAUUGAAAAUCCAAUUAAAACUGAUUCAACAAAACUGAUGAACUUGAUCCAGUGAUACCAGCUUUUCAAAGUAUCCCCAUGUGUCUUAGAAGGUAAUCCCACUGCCCCCAGGGGGUUGGUCUUCACCUUGUGGACCAGGUCUAAGGGGGAGAAAUCCAACUCUGGCCUCAUUUAUAUAUGAACCAACCCAAAUUUGCACAUUUUGGAAAUUGCACUCUGAAAUCUGCCCUUCUCCAGCCAAGCAAUGUGUCCCCCAAAAUAAAUAAAAAUGUAUACACUAGAGUAAAGUGUGCAUAAAAAUGCAUAUAAUCAUGAAAAUAGCUCACACAGCUCCAAUAGUUAUUUUGGGAAAUUGUGGCUGUUAGAUGUGGCUUCAUAGCGCUUUGAAUGUAUGGUGUGAAAGUGGCCUAUAAUGUAUCUUCCAAAUGUUGCUGGGGUUAUAUCCUACCAAGCACUACUCAGAGGAGACUCACUGGAAUGAAUGUUCUUAAGUUAGCCAUGUCCUCUCAUUAAGGAGGACUAUCAGUGGAUCCUGUCCUUCAACUUCUGGCAGAAGAACAUCAGAAGAGCCUGGCUCCUGGGUCAGGCCAGUGACCCAUCUAGUUCAGCAUCUUAGUUCUCACAGUGGCCAACCAGAUGCCCAUGAUGGGAAGCCCACAAGCAGGUCCAGAGUGCAGCAGCUCUCUCCCUAUUUGUGAUUCCCACCAACUGGUAUUCAGGGGCAUAGUGCCUCUGACAGCAGAGAUAGAACACAUUGCGGCUAGAAGCCAUUGGUUACUCUGUCCUUGAUUUUAUGUUAGAACCCGAUUCUACCAAACUCAUAUUUGCUGACAACACCCCCGAAUAACCAGUUCUUUCCCACCACUCUCUGUAGAUCAUUGCUCCUUGGAGAAUGCCGGAAUUCUACAACCGCUUUCGGGGCCGAAGUGACCUCAUGGAAUAUGCCAAGGUAGGAGAAUUCGCCCAUCUCCUGUAUUAGUCCUUUCCCCUUGUUCCUGUAACUGCCAUACCCCUGUUAAUUCCUGCAAUUAAAAGUAUGAUUCUUUUGAGUAUUGGGACUCCCUUCCUGGAGAAGCCCGUUGGGCUCUCUCCUUGUCCUUCCACUGGCAGGGAAAGACUGUUUUGUUCUUUGAGAAUUGACUGUUUCUUAAGGAUGGGGCUUUAAAUAGUGCUGUGCUGUUUCUGUCAUCUGUAUUUUAAUACAUUUGGUGUGUUUUUUUAAAUAUUGUUUUUAUCCUAUUUGGGUUUAAUUACUUUUUAAGAUAAUGGUCUUUUAUAUGUGUUUAGUUUUUUUGUUUUUUAUCUGUGUUGUUUCAGUUUGUGUAAGCUGCCUUGAGCCCUGGUCUGGGGGAAUAGGCAGUAUAUAAAUAAUAAUAAUAAAUUUAGUAAUAAAUGAGCCACUUGCUCUCAUCGCCAUUGAGAGCAGCCUGAGGCAUUUUAAGCCUCUGCCCCCUGGGCUGCUCUCAGGAUCUUAACAGGCCAGGCAGAUGUCCCUUUCCCAUUUUGUAGCCUGCCUCCUGGUGUGCAAUGUGAGAGGCAUUUGGUUUCUCAGGCCCACAGGAAGAAGGGGCCUCUGAGCAACCCAGCUCUCGGCCUUUCUAGUGCAGGACAUUCUUCCAGGGCCUCAGGCGCUGUAAUCACUUGGUCUGCCGCAGCUGGCUGGAAGUCCUAGACCUGGCCUUGUUUCAUAGCUGAUGCCUCUGUAGCCUCUGACUCUAUGCCCUGGUUGCGGCUGGAUUUAAGGGUCAUGAACAGGAUUUUGCUACUUCGGAUUCUCAGCAUGUGCUUCCAUGUGGAAAUUUGCUGCAGCCUCGGAAUGGUCUUCAAAUAAGUUUUACUCAGAGUAUACGUUUUGAAAUAUGUUCCUUUGUCUGUCUUGAACUCAGAGCAGGGUUAGCAAAGGCCAGGGGUGCCAACCUGAAUAAAAUAUUGGGGGGGGGGGGGAGGUAAGCCCUGCGCUGCAUAAUUGAUCGUGAUGUGAUGCAUGCACACCAUUUGAAUGGCAACGCCCAUCAAUUUUUUUGGGGGGGGGUGCCUGCCCCCUCAGAUUUUUUUAUUGUGGGGCUGAAGGCAAAGGUAAAAGAGGGUGAUAUUAUUCUACACUGCAGCAACACCUAUAGUGUCCAGGUCAAGGGAAAGUAAUAGUCCCACUCUGUCCUGCCUUGGUUAGACCACACCUGGAGUCCUGUGUCUAGUUCUGGGCGCCACAAUUUAAGAAGGAUAUUGGCAAGCCAGAAUGUGUGCAGAGGAGGGCAACCAAGAUGAUCAAGGGUCUGGAAAGCAAGCCUUAUGAGGAAUGGUUGAAGGAGCUGGGCCUGUUUAGCUUGGAAAAGAGGAAACUGAGGAGAUAUGACAGGCAUCUUCUUUUUUUAAAAAAAAUAAUUUUUAUUAACAGGCCAAUCACAUCACAUUAUCCAAAUCACACUAGUUCCAAAUUAUACAGCCAAAUUUUUAAAUUUUGUUGGGGGUACCCAUACAUCAAGCUCCGAACGGGUCCAAACAUCACUUAUAUUGCUGCUUUAAUUAAACUUUUCUAUCCAGUUCAAUCCAGAUAGUCCGUUAUUACUUUCUUCAUCUUCUUGUUAUCAUAUAUUCCUUUCUUUGCCAUCUCUGAUAAUCUUCACAAGCGGAUUAGAAACAGACAUCCUCUGUGUGGGUUUUGCACUCUCCAAAGAUCAUAUCACUUAGGGAUAGCUGCCAUUCCACGCUUCCAUAAAAUUUUUAUCUUCGGUCUGUCCUUUAAUUUUCUCAGGCUUGCCAAGUAUAUCAGGAGGGCUCUGUCAGGUUAAGAUCAGAUUCCAAUCAUCAUUCACAUUCCGAUGGUCCUGAUCCUCCUCCCCCUGUCUUUCUUUCUUAGACAAGCCUGUCUUAGCGAGAUGCCAUUUAAAGCUGCGUCAUAAAAUUUUCCUCCGUUCUCCGUUGUUUACCAGUCAUCUCUUUAACUAUAAUCCACUCCACACAGUUCUUGAAUUCCUGCUUGUGAUUAAUAAAACGCAACGAUCUUCUUUCUGGGGUGGAGGGUUAUUAAUAUUCACAUAAGGCAAAGUAAAGAAAAGUUUUUUCCUCCACCCCCCUUCUUUUUCACUCCAAACAUACCAGUCUCUUAAUGGUGGUUCAUCACUUGAUUUAUUUGUCCCAUCCGUCGCUCCGGUCACAGAGAUCCAUUAAUCAGCAGUCUUAUCUCCCGGACUUUGCUUGAUGUAUGUGCUUUAGCUUCUUUCCAAUUAUAUGUUUCCAAUUAUAUUUUCGAGCUAAAGCGAACCAGCACGCGCUGAUUGGAACCGGUGUCAGGAAGAGCCGACCUCAUCGAGGGCUCGUGCCAAGUGACCGGCACCCCCUUCUUUCGAAUCCGGGGGUGCGUUAUGGACACCGCUGGCAAGGCAGCCCCCCAUCUCCUUGGGGGAGGGCAGGAAGACUGCAUACUUCCCAUAGCAGCCUCUUAAUUACCUCGUAUGGGUCGGAGAGAUGUUAUUGUCGGCCAUCUUCCAAUGUGCCACCUGGUGGCCCCCCGAUAUGACAGGCAUCUUCAAAUAUCCAAAGGGCUUCCUUUCACACGGAAGAUGGAGCAAACUUGCUCCAGAGGGUUAAACUCAAACCAAUGGCGUCAAGUUACAAGAAAGGAGAUUCUAACUAAACAUCAGGAAGAACUUUCUGACAGUAAGAGCUGUUUGACAGUGGAACGGACUGUCUCAGGCAGUUGUGGGCUCUCCUUCCUUGGAGGUUUUCAAGCAGAGUUUAGAUGACCACCUGUCAUGGAUGCUAGUUGAGAUUCCUGCAUUAAGUGGGUUGGACUGGAUGACCCCUGGGAUCCCUUCCAUCUCUAUAAUUCUAUGAUUCUAUGACUUGACUUGAGCCAGUGUGGUGUAGUGGUUAAGAGUGGUGGACUCGUAAUCUGGUGAACCAGGUUCACUUCCCCGCUCCUCCACAUGCAGCUGCUGGGUGACCUUGGGCCAGUCACACUUCUCUGAAGUCUCUCAGCCUCACUCACCUCACAGAGUGUUUGUUAUGGGGGGGAGGAAGGGAAGGGAGAAUGUUGGCCGCUUUGAGACUCCUUUGGGUAAUGAUAAAGCGGGAUAUCAAAUCCAAACUCUUCUUCUUCUUCUCAUUUCCCCUUCUCAAACUUGGAACACAGUUACUCCAUCACUGAGCACCCCGUUCCUGUGAAAUCGAGGCUGCUUUGCUCAUGUCCCCUGGGGGAGGGGGGGCUGAAACCUUCCAGAGUGCUUUAAAAAACUGCCGUCCAUUCUGCCUCCUCUCUCUCUCUACACCGUUCACAACGUGUCAUUUUCCCCCUUCUUUCAUCACAACGAACCUUUAAUUUUCUAACCUUCAAGGCCACUUUGGAUUUUAGCUGAACGCAAUCUCGCCUGCUCGUUACCGCAGCAAUUACAGGCACCCCCUGCAGGAGGCUUCCACAUAUCCUCGGUUUUUGGGGCGUAAGGAUAGUUCCCCCUUCUCCCUUUUUUUUUAAAAAAAGGCCCGUAAUUACCUAGAUGUUAAUUGUCAUCCACUUUGAAGGCAGAAACUUGUCCCCACUUCAAUAGCUCCUUCGAGAGACAAAGUAAAUGCCUUUUUUGCCCUCCCCUCCCCAAUGCCUUUUAUUCCCCGCUUUUUUUUUUUUUUUUUUUUUGAAGAACAAGUUUCAAUAAAACAUAUUAGAAGUUUUGCAUCAGAGCCCCUUGGCUGCCCACCAGGGGACCUUUUCUUUCCCUGCGACUUUAUGGAAAUGGUUGACAACUGGGCUCAAUCAAUCAAGAGGAAAAGAGCAGUUCGGUGUAUAAACCAGAAAAUUGCUUGAGGUUCUCUCUCUCUCUCUCUCUCUCUCUCUCUCUCUCUCUCUCCUUCCUAGUUCUUUUUUUAAAAUAAAAAACACCCAACAACAACGCCCAUCUAAAGCGGAUCCAAAGCUGUGUUGAGUCAGAAAGAAUUAUUCUGCAGAGGGUUCUGAGACCGGAUGCUGUCGCUCUCGGCCUCCCUUUUAAAUUUUAUAUUUUGGAAAUAAAGAGGCACGUGCUUUUCCCGACGCUUGUCUUUUACCAUCUGUUAUUUAUUCCUAAGUAGGCAAUUUCCAAGAGACUCCCAUAUGUUUCCAAACGGUCAAAUUAUUAACUUCGCCCUCUCUCUGUUUGUGUGUAUGUAUGUGUGUGUGUAUUUUAAUUGUUAUUUGUAUGGGAAACUGAAGUGUGCGCCUUUUCUCUUUCCAAGAAAAAAAAGGCCACAGCUAUAAGCUGAGGAGAGGGCCCCCGCUCGAAGCAAUUAAUGUGGACGAAAAGAGUUGCGUUCCAGACUUUUCAAACCGUGGCCGUGUGUUAGGGAAAGGGCAGGGGGGAAGGGGAAAUGGUUGGUUAAUGGAUGCACAACCUGGGGUUUUUUUGUGUUUGUUUGUGUUCAUUCACCACCAGGGUAUUGUUGUUUGAAUCUAAGGUGCUGGAUGAGGAUAUUGGAGAGCUUUUAGAGAGCCUGUCCUGCCACAAGCAAACUGUUCCUUUAUCUCCUGUCCAGCAGAUUCAGCCAGGGUUUUGUAAUGCUUAGAGAGCCAGACUAAAAGGCAGUCGAAAAAUAACACAUGCAUAAGAAUAACCUGUUGGAUUAGGCCAUUGGCCCAUCUAUCCCUGCACCGUCUGUUAUCCUCACAGGGCGCCAAACAAAUGCCCCAAUGGAAAGUUUUUCCUCCUGGAUGUUGGAAGCUUUAAGACGGCCUUCAGUAUACCUUCAGGUAUACUGGACCAAUGGCCUCGGUCCAGUAUACCUGAAGGAGUGUCUCCACCCCCAUUGUUCUGCUCGGACACUGAGGUCCAGCGCCGAGGGCCUUCUGGCGGUUCCCUCACUGCGAGAAGCCAAGUUACAGGGAACCAGGCAGAGGGCCUUCUCGGUAGUGGCACCCGCCCUGUGGAACACCCUCCCACCAGAUGUCAAAGAGAAAAACAACUACCAGACUUUUAGAAGACAUCUGAAGGCAGCCCUAUUUAGGGAAGCUUUUAAUGUUUUAUAGGUUUUUUUAUUGUAAUAUUCCGCUGGAAGCCGCCCAGAGUGGCUGGAGAAACCCAGCCAGAUGGGCAGGGUAUAAAUAAUAAAUUAUUAUUAUUAUUAUUAUUAUUAUUAUUAUUAAGAAUAAAGGACUCAUCCACACAGUGCAAAGCUAAACUAUGGAACUCACUCCUGCAUGGAGGCAGUGGCUACCAAUUUGAAUAGCAACAGAUGGAUACCAACUUGGAUGGCUGUAUGAAAGAAUUAGCGUGAGUUCAUGAAGGAGAGUGCUAUCGAUGGCUACUAGCCAUGCCAGCUGUGCAGUGCUUGUGAAUGCCACUUGCUGGAAACUGCAGGAGGGACAAUGCUCUUGUGCGCAGGACCUGCUUGCAGUUUUCCCAGCAGGGCCACUGCAAGAAGAGGAUGCUGGACUAGAUGGGCUAUUGGCUUAAUUCAGCAGGCUCUUAGGUCCUUAUCCUCUUAUGUUCUUAGUGAUGAUACAAAGGGACCUAUCACUUAGUGGUGGAGCCUGCAGGUUAUAUGUUAAAAGUCACAGAUCCAGUACCUAAGUAGCCCUACUGUACAAAACUUUCAUAGGCCAGUCUAUCACAGGGACUGAUGUGGAACACCCUUAAGAGGCCUGCUGCAUCUGUCUCUGUGAGUAGCUGGGCAGUGGUCAGGGCUCUGAGCACAGUUCUUGAAAAUGCUUGCAAGUCACUUGGAGACCUUGCUUGUGUACCAAAUGACUUAUAAAGUCAGUAAAUAUUAUUCCGUGUUAUAACUAGUACCCAGAAUCUGCUACUACCAAAGUUCACGGUGUCAAUCCCCACCAUCUCUGGUAAGGGUUGGGAAAGAUUCUUGUACUGGUACUAUUACUGUCUUAUGGCUGGUAUUACUUUCUACACCAGCUGUGGGCAAGUACCAUGUUUGCUGGGGCUGAUGGGAGUUGUAGUCCAGCAACAUCUUGGGGUGGGGGCAAAGGUUCUCUACCCCUUCUCUAUGGUACAGUCAUAACUCUUGUUACGUUCAGUUCAGAUUACGUCUUUUCAGGUUGCGUCCCGCGGCGACCCGGAAGUACUGGAAAGGGUUACUUCCGGCUUUCGCCGCUCAUGCAUGCGCAGACGGACACAAUGACGUCACGCGCAUGCGCAGAAGUGGCGAAUCGUGACCAGCGCAGACGUGGGUUGCGUUCUGCUCAUGUUGCGAACGAGGCUCCGGGAUGGAUCCCAUUCGCAACCAGAGGUACCACUGUAUAUUUUAUCUGCUUAUUCACUCUGCAGUUGGAUACCUCUUGAGAUGACAUAACCAAAUUUUGCACAGCGGUUCCCAAGACCUAGGAGCAGGUUUGGAUAAAAUUGGAUGCCGUUUCGAAACAAGAUUGCAGACUGUACCUUUCAAAACUGCAUUGAUUUUAUCCAGAUUUCAAAACUCCACAGAUUUGGGGGUUCCUAAGAAUUACCAAGCAAUGCUGAGUUCAAGAGUGCUAAUUAUUAUUAGCUUCUGGAGUCCAACGCCCAGUCUCCUGAAUCCCUAACAGGUAUUCCUGUCGUUCGAGAAAAAUAAAGAUAAAAUUUAGUCUAAUGUCAUUUAAAACACAGGUGGAAUUGGAGCGUUUUCAGAGUGCCACUAACAAAAAAGAAAAUGACCAGGGUUUUGCUUCACUUUAUUUAUUUGAAACCUUUAAACCACUGCCUCUUUUAAAACCCAUGGUUGCAUAAAACACCUAAUCCAUGUUUCACAGGCUUGUCAGGGUGUGUGUGUGUGUGUUCGCGUAGCCUCCGGGGUGGGCUCCAGGACGCGGAAUGGCGGGUGGGGUGGGGGAGAGAGAGAUUUGUGGUCAUAAAAAGAGAAUUAGCUUCCCCAGCCUGCCCUCCGCUUCUUAUAACAGCCCAUUCAGUAUAAACAAAGGGGAGCUUUAAUUGACUAACGAGCUCUUCAAAGCUAAUGGACCAGUGCGGUCGCUGGAGUGUGAAGUGGGUGGGUGGGGGGGUUGCUCCCUUUCACAGGACUCGGAGCGUGGACAACUAUACGCUCGCGCAGUCGGCCUCACCCCGAUGGAUGGGUGAGAAAAGAACAGCAGGCCAGGAAGAGUGCCUUGUGAGCUGAAAGACGUGGGGCAAGGAGCAUUUUUUUCAGCCCUGAGGGCCCACAUUCCCUUCUGGGUGACCACUUGAGGACAGUAUGCCAGUGGUGGGCAGUGCCAAAGGGAAAAGUGGGUGGAGCAAAGAACAUAAAGGUUACAUCUGCCUAAUAAUAAUAAUAUUUUAUUUGUCCCUGCCCAUCUGCCUAGGUUACCUCAGCCACUCUGGGCGGUUUCCAACAUAUAUAAAAACAUAAACACAUUAAACAUUAAAAAGCAUCCCUAUUCAGGGCUGCCUUCAAAUGUCUUCUAAAAGUUGUGUAGUUCUUUAUCUCCUUGACAUCUGAUGGGAGAGGGCAUUCCACAGGGCGGGAGCCACUACAGAGACAGCCCUGUGCCUGGUUCCCUGUAGCUUCAUUUCUCACAGUGUGAGGGCACUGCCAGAAGGCCCUCGGUGCUGGUUAGUUUCUACAAACAUACCCUCUCUGUCGUCCACCCAGGCAAGCAAGAGACGCGAUCAGAUUUUGAGGACACAUUUCAGCCAGGCCAAAACACUCAAGGAGGGUGUGGAAGCAGGGCUGGUGGUGGGUGAGGUAUCCAGGAGGGGAAAGGCUCAGAAGGCCACAUUUGGCCUCUAGGCCUGAGGUGCUCCAGCCUCCAACAAGAGAAAUGCCAAUGCAAAUGAUUUGGGUAAUUUAUUUUUCUGCCACCCUCAUGGAAGCAACAGAAAGGCAUGUCCCUCCCUGCCGAAACUUGGAAGCACUGGUCUUUAACAGUGAAGAUUCGCGGGGGAUUUUGUGAGAUAGCCUCUGUCAUAAGAACGUAAACAAAGCCUUCUGGAUCAGGCCAGUGGCCCAUUCAGUCCAGCAUCCUGUUCUCACAGUGGCCAGCCAGAUGCCCAUGAUGUGGAAGCCCACAAGCAAGACAUGAACGCAACAGCAUUCUCUCCACUUGUGAUUCCCAGCAAUUGGUAUUCAGAGUCACUGCCUCUGACAGUGGUGGUAGGACAUAAGUAGAGUCUGGCUGCUAUGGACUACAUUGAAUUGUAGUCUAGUCCAAUCCAAUCCCCUGCAAUGCAGGAAUCUUUUGCCCCAUGUAGGGCUUGAACCCACAACACUGAGAUUAAGAAUCUCAUGCUCUACCAACUGAGAAGCCCACAAGCAGGACCUGAGCACAAGAGCCCUCUCUCCCCUCCUGUGGUUUCUAGCAACUGGUAUUCAGAAGCAUUUCUGCGUCUAGCUGUGGAGGCAGAUCAUAGCCAUCAUGGCUAGUAGCCAUCAAUAGUCCUCUCCGCCAUUAAUUUGCCCAAUCCUCUUUCAAAGCAAUCCAGGUUGGUGGCCACUGGCACCUAUGGGAAUCAGUUCCACUCAUCAACUCUGCUAUAUGAACAAGUCCUUUCUUUUAUCUGUCCUGAGUCUCCUAACAUUCAGCUUUAUAGGGUGUCCACUAGUUCUAUUGUCAUGAGAGAGGGAGAAAAACUUUUCUGUGUUCUUUUUCUCCAAGCCAUGCAUCAUUUGAUAAACCUCUGUGACAUCAUCUCUUACUUAUCUUUUCUCUAAACUAAAAAGCCCCCAGUGCUGCCAGCCUUCUUCUUAGUGCAGCUCUAUCUACUUGAUCAUUUGGGUAGCCCUUUCCUGAACUUUUUUGAACCAUACAAUACCCCUUUUUGAGGUAGGACGGGCUAUAGCCUGAGGUACAUUCUUUGGCCAUUGCUGUUGCUUUAAAGUGUUUUCUUGGAUUUCAAUAUUGAAUGGUGACAUGGUUCUUGUCACCCACCCUGGGACCUUGCAGCAAAGGGUUGGGUAAUAAAUCUCUUAAUAACUAAAUAAUAAAUUAACAGGCACGCACACACCCUCCUCAAGGCAAAGAACCUAGACUUGAAAGCUGUCCCUAACAGAUGGUCACCCAGGCUCUGAUUCAAGACUUUGUAAUGCAGGAAGGAACAAGCACCACGUCAGCACCCGCUGACUGGAUUUGUCCAGGAAUUGCAUGCCCCUCUCUGCAACUUUGCAAAAAACAAACAAACAGCAAACAUCUCUUCUGGCAAAUAAAAUAAAUUAUUGUCCCAAUUGUCAAAUCUUUCAAGUUAAGAAAAUGCUGGUGGAGCCUUGCCUUUCCCUGGCAGAGCCUAACACCCCCUCGAUCAACACCCCGCUGCUGUGUCGUUUGUCAGGCUGAGAACCAUGUCAUUGCUACAUCUCUCGCUAAUUCCAUGCCCGUCGUGUAAGUCACCCAGUUUUCACAGACCAUUUCACCCACAGAAAUGUCGCCGGCUAAUUGACUGAGUGGGUGACCCCGUAACAGAGCUGAGGUUUAUGACUAUCUAUAUGCUGUGUGUGUGUGUGUGUGUGUGUGUGAGAGAGAGAGAGAGAGAGAGAGAGAGAGAAAGGGGGAGAUAGGAUAAGGAGAUUAAUAGAGGAGGAAACGUCUUGAGGCCUUGUGAAAGGCAGGUAGGGACAGCGUGAAACUUUUUAUAGGAUAAGGAUGGAUGAUUCCAUUUCUGGUCUGCUCUCUGCCUGGCAUGUGUUCAUGCAUAUAACCUUUCUAUCCUGUUUCUGCAUAAAUCUACACACUUUUUAACUUUUAAAAAAAACUGCAUAAAAUUAAUAUUUGGCAAACUGCUGUGAUUUAUUUGUAUAACUAUUGCUUAAUGCCAAAAUAGGUUUCUGAGCACUUUAGAAAGUAUAUAUAAAAAGCACACAACAUUACUAUAAAAGCUAUAUUUUUUUGGACUUUUUUUUGAAAGAUGAAUACUGGACUGCAAAAAAUUGGGAGGAUAUUAACUGAAGGAUAUUAACUGUGCUGUGAUCUGUUCACUAGGUCCAGCAUGUGAUAAUCAGGACAGUUUACUUAAAAAAUUGGAUUGAAUAAAAUCCAUACAAGCAGUGGCGGAGCUUCAUGCUCCAGCACCAAGGGGCGGAGAGUGGGUGGGGGCAGGGCGUGGUGCACCACCUACAGAGGCGUGGCACCUAGUGCAGGUGGGGGGGCAGCCGCAAUGACACCCCACCGGGAUCACGCUGCCGGGGGCGGUGCACUCCCCCCGCACUCCGCUUCCUCCGCCAGUUCAUACAAGAGAAUCUUCUCUAGACACCUCUGACAGUGGGAAGGACCACAGCUCAGUGCUAGAGCAUCUACUGUACAUGCAGAAGAUCCCUUGGGCAGUCCCCAGCAUCUUCUAUUCAUGAGGACUAGAGCCUUACAGUAUUUUUAGAUGAAGGACAAUGAUUCAGUGACAGCAUCUGCACUGCAUGCAGAAAGUCCCAGAUUUAAUACCCAGUGGCAUCUCCAGGUAAGGGUAGGAAAGACUUCCUGCCUGAAACCUUGGACAGAGCUGCUGCCAGUUAGGGUUGACAGUACUGAGGUAGACAGAUGAACGGUCAGAUUUCCCUGGGUUCAUAGAUGUGAUUAUGAAUAUGUUUCACUUGCAGUUAAGAAUGUUUGAGGGGUUUGGUCUUUGCAAAUUUUGAUAUCAACUGACCCAAUCAAAUUAUCCUCUGUUCAUGUGUGGAUAGGGAUUUCCUGCUGAAUUGCAAAGCUGAAAAUGAUUUUAAACAGGAAAAUGCUAAAACACCAACACUCCAUAGGUACUUUAAGCCACUAGUGUGCUGCAAGUUUGAAUGUUGUACUUUAAGUGCAUGAUGUUAAGUAUCCUUCUGGCACCUACUGAAUACUUAAAAAAUUAUUCCAGGAGGCUUUUUAACUGAACUCUGAGUUUGUAAUUUUUAAUUGAUUUUAAUUUGCAUUGUGUAUUGUGUUUCCUUGGACAACUGACAACUGUGAUUGAGCAGUAUAUAAAUGGUUGAAAUACAUAAAUAAAUAAUAGGCAGGACUCAGCCUCACAUGAUCCAAGAGCUUCCCUCCUAAAUUGCAGGAGGUUGGACAAGAAGACCCUUGAUGUCGCUCCCAACUCUAAAAUUCUAUGAUUCUGCUCCAGCUACCUUCCCCAAAAACAUUGCUUAUUUUGUGGCCCCAGGAAUAUUGCAAAAGGGGCAUACAUCCUGUGACAACUGAUGAUCUGAAAAGCAAGAAGCAGGCAGAAGCAACAGGUUGCGCUGCUGUCUGUCUGCCAUAGCAAAAGCUGAUUCUCCUGACGCUGCUCUGCUGUGUUUCCCAGAUUUAAUUCCUUCUCCCCUUUUCAUUUUAUCUCGUCUGUAGGAGCAUGGCAUCCCUAUUCCAGUGACGCCCACCAAUCCAUGGAGCAUGGAUGAAAACCUUAUGCACAUCAGGUGAGACAAUAAGCUGCCCAGAGAGGGCGGGGUACGAAUAAUAAAGUUGUUGUUGUUGCUGCUGCUGCUUGAGAGCAAAUGGCCACCUAGCCCAGUGUUCUGUUUCUGACAGAGGUCAGCCCUAUGCCACAAGCGGCUCAGGAGGACAAGAGACCCAGUUACUAAUUAAACUUUUCUCCUUUUCUCCCUUUCUUGAUCUCCAUAUUCAAAAGCUAUGAGGCCGGGAUCUUGGAGAACCCUAAGGUAAGCAGUGCCUACCAAGAAAAAACAGAGGGGACAUGGGAAAGGGUCAUAGCUCGGUGGAACAGCACCUCCUUUGCUUGCAAAAGGCCCCAAGUCCAGUCCCCUGUGGCAUCUCCGUGUAGGGAUGGGAGAGACCCCUGCAUGAAACCCCAGAGAGCUACUGCCAGUCAGGGAGCCAGUGUGGUGUGGUGGUUAAGAGCAGUGGAUUUGUAAUCUGGUGAACCGGGUUCGCUUCCCCGCUCCUCCACAUGCAGCUGCUGGGUGACCUUGGGCCAGUCACACUUCUCUGAAGUCUCUCAGCCCCACUCACCUCACAGAGUGUUUGUUGUGGGGGAGGAAGGGAAAGGAGAUUGUUAGCCGCUUUGAGACUCCUUAAGGGCAGUGAAAGGCGGGAUAUCAAGUCUAAAACUCCUCCUCCUCUUCCUCCUUCCUUUCCUCUUAAUUCCCAUUUCACUCGUUGGCCUUGACACGAUGCAAAAUGAUUUUUGUUUUUACCAGUUCUGCUAAAAAUAUGAACAAUUCUUUCAUUUAUAGACAUUAUUAUAUAUACAAUAUUAUAUGCGUAUGAACAGGUUUCCUAAAGCAGGGAUAGCUGAUGUGAUGUUUUGGACUAUAUCUCCCAUCAGUCACCAUGCCCAGUGGUUAGGAAUGGUGGUCCCAAACCAGUCUGAGAUAAUGUGGUGCAGUAGCUGAACUGGGACCUGGGAGACACCAGGGCUCAAAUCCCCAAUCAAACAUGAAGCUCACUGGGCGUGACCUUGGGCCAGUUGCUGAUUCUCUCAGCCCAUUCUACCUCACAGGGUUGUUGUGGGAAUUAAAUGGGUGGUGGUGGUGGUGGAAGAGAACCGCAUAAGCUACCUUGAGCUCCUUGGAGGAAAAAGUGGGGUAUAAAUGAGAUAAGUAAAGUAAUAAAUAAAUAAAAUCUCUGGUGCCUUGUUGGCUAGGUAAAGGUAAAGGUACCCCUGCCCGUACGGGCCAGUCUUGACAGACUCUAGGGUUGUGCGCUCAUCUCACUCUAGAGGCUGAGGGCCAGCGCUGUCCGGAGACACUUCCGGGUCACGUGGCCAGCGUGAUGAAGCUGCUCUGGCGAGCCAGCACCAGCGCAGCACACGGAAACGCCGUUUACCUUCCCGCUAUAAAGCGGUACCUAUUUAUCUACUUGCACAUUUUUUUUUAAUAAUAAUUUUUAUUCAGUUUCCAAUAUACAUUCUAUCCAUAUUUAACAUCCACUUCUAACAUAUACAUCUUUUAGACUUCCCUCAGCCUAUCUGACAAUUUUCCAUAUAAUCACAAUUACUCACAUUUCUUAAAUUUAUAUUGUGCUUUAACAAUCUUAAUCUUAUCAUAUCUUUUAAGCAACAUUUCUAUCCAUCAUUUUCACAGAGCUUCUUGAAAACCAACAAGCGUUAUUUGCUUCUCACAUACAUUUUUUGUAUACUCUGUAAAUUUAUUCCAGUCCUUGGUGAAUCUCUGGUCACGUUGAUUCCGAAUUUUCCCCGUUAAUUUGUCCAUUUCUGCAUAUUCCAUCAAUUUCAUUCUCCAUUCUUCCCUCGUCGGCAUUUCUUCCUGUUUCCAUUUCUGGGCCAUCAAAAUUCUAGCUGCUCUCACUGCAUACCUAAAUAGUUUCACAUCCUUCUUUUUAAUUUCAUUCCCUAAUAUUCCUAGUAAAAAUGCUUCUGGUUUCUUAACAAAAGUAUAUUUCAACAUUUUCUUCAUCUCAUUAUAAAUCAUUUCCCAGAAGCUUUUCACUUUCUUACACUCCCACCGCAUGUGAUAGAAUGUUCCUUCUUUUUCCUGACAUUUCCAACAUUUAUUACUGACUUUAUACAUCUUACCAAGUUUCACUGGUGUUACAUACCAUCUAUACAUCAUUUUCAUAACAUUUUCUUUUAUUGUAGUGCAUGCAGUGAAUUUCAUUCCUUCUUUCCACAAUUUUAUCCACUCAUCAAAUUGUAUAUUAUAACCAAAAUCUUUAGCCCACUGAAUCAUAACUGAUUUAACUUCCUCGUCCUUUGUAUGCCACUCAAGUAAUAACUUGUACAUUUUUAAUAAAAUUUUAACAUCACUGUCCAAAAUUUCUUGAUGAAACCUAGAUUUCUUUUCCUGAAAACCUCUUUCUGACAACUCUUUUUUGAACAUUGCAUUUAACUGAAAGUAGUGUAUCUACUUGCACUUAAGGGUGCUUUCGAACUGCUGUUUUACCCACAGCGCCACCCGCGUCCUUGUUGGCUAUUCCUGUACAAAAACAGAUGCACACAACAAGAUACACAACUGUAUUAAAAAAAAUAAUAACCAUAUGUUAAUAGGUAAAGCAUGAUGUUGCAGAACUAUAGUACCACACAGGAAUAGCAUUUUUUAAUGCAUAUUAUAGUUAUAAUAUACUAUUCCCCAUGCAUAAUUCUGCAUUAAAAUACAUGAAUAGCUCAGGCAUAUGCUCAGUGCAGGAGGUGGGCAGAGCUCGAUGGGAUCAGAACAGCCAAGUUCUGUGCAAAAAUCCCAUGGUGGCUGUUGCCCAUUGAGACUGUUAGGGCAGGAAACAGGAAGGCCAAACAAUAGGAGGAGCCAGGCAGAGCCAAUGAGAGGCAGAGCCAACUAACUCUCAGAGUGGUUUGACACUCAAACCCUCUUCCCAGGGAACUCUAGGAACUGUAACUCUUGGGAGGGGAGGAAUCUCCUAACAACUCUCAGCACCUGUAACAAGCUGCGUUUCCCAGGAUUCCUUGAGGGAAGCCACCCUAGCAUCCCACAAGGCCUUGGACCUGUGUCUCUUCCAGAGAUCCUCCUUGCUUGAGCCCAUGUGGAUAUUACUCCUUAAGCGCUCCUAUGGGGGGGGGGGGCAGGCCCAGCAGGCACUGUCCACCCACUUCCAAGUGCUGUCCUCCUUGUCUAGCAGCUCUGCGUGUCACUCCGGAGUUUCUGGGCAUGGCCCUCACUGCAUCUUAAUGGGGCUGGAUGGCUUUGUUGCCUGCUGGUCCUAAUCGCUUCCACUUUAUGCUCUGCUGGACUUGCCACGCUCAGGGGAGCUACUUAAACUAUCCAUCAGCACUAAUUAGACAAUCAGGCACAGAGGGUUGGCCGGGGAUGGGGGGGAGGUGAUGAUGGGUGAGAAAGUUGUGUGUGUUUGGGAUAAAGGUUCUUGUGCCAUUCCUGGUAACUGGGUGAUGCCCAAGACUAUGGCUUCUUGAAGUUUUCUGCCAUAGAGGACUGCUAAUGUGCUGCGAGAUGUAAAAUGAAAGGCUCCUGUAAGCACCAGCUUACCCCCCAAAGGGAGUGUGCUGUCAUGUCUCUGCAUGAUUACUUUCCUCCCAAGGAAACAUCACUUGAAAGAGGUUGGGCAGGCAGUUUAAUUUGGUGUAAAUCAUGCAUAGUAUUGUACUUCAAAUUGUUGGGACCCACCCUGGAACCUUAUGGUGAAGGGUGGGUAAAUAAUAAUAAAUAAAUCUACUACUACUACUACUAAUUGUAUCCAAGUAAGGUUUGCACCAAGUAGAUCUAUUGAAAUUAAUGCCCAUAAGUUAGUCAUGUUUAUUAUUUUUAAUGGGUCCACUCUAAAUAGGAUUAGCAUUGAAUACAACCCAACAACAACAACAACAACAACAACGAGUAUAUUUAUUUAUUUAUGAAAAACAUUUAUAGACUACUAUUUCAUUUUUAAAAAUCAAAGCAGCUUACAACAAGAACACAUAAAACCAUACAUUAAAACCAUUAAAAACUUAAAAAACAGACAUCAGUUAACCAUUAUGGGAAUAUGUAUUCUUAAUUACCUGCAUAGGCCCGAAAAGUUUUCAGCAGGUGUUUAAAAGUUAAAACAGAAGCCACCUGCCUAAUAAUAGUAAAAUAUAUACAACUAAGGUUUAUCCCAAGUAGAUCCAUUGAAAUUAAUUGACAUAAGUUAGUUACAUUUAUUAAUUUUAAUGGAUCUGCUCUGAGUAGGACUUGCACUGAAUGCAACUUACAACAACAACAACAUUAACAACAUAUAGCAUAAUCUUAUUGUGUGCCUGCUCUGAAUCUCUGUGUUUUGAUCAUAGCAAUGCAGAGAGGUGGAGCACAAUAAUUUGCCCCAAAAGAAGGCUGCCUAUCAUAUCCCUGCAUGAGUCCCUGCUCUGGACUUGCUUGCUUCUUGGCAACCCCUGUUGAGGAUAGGCAUUUCUGCAGCAUCAUGGUAUUGGGUAUCAUUUCAUUCACACACACCCUCCUCCAGCAGAAUUAGCCACUCACAGAGGAGGCUGCCUGUUGAAUCUCUGCACAAGUCAGCACUCUAGGUUUGUCACCAAUUAAUUGAAAAGGCAGCUGCAAGUAGGGGACUCAGGUAGUGGGGCUUGAGCUUAACUGAGUGUGGAGACAUUGAAAACUGAGCCUUUGUGUGUGUGUGGGGGGGUGUAAAGUCAGAGGACCACCUCUAAACUUUAAUAAAGACAGACAGAAUUCACUUCUCCCAGGCAUUUGAUGAAAUCUGUAAAGUCUUUAAACUUGAUGGUAAGUCACCUCAGCACUGCCCCAUGUUAGACAACUCACAAAUAAAUUAAAGAUGAUGGAAUUCCCUCUCUGCAGAGAUGCGCUGGUCACCCUCAUUGUACAGAUAUGCUGAAAAUGUACCUCUGUACUCUGGCCUUCAGCCACUGAGAAGUAUAUUUUAGGAUCCAUCCUAUUUCUUUGCACAGCAAGGUGUUUUGACUGGGUUUGGAUAUUGGAUGGUAUUCAGCUAGGUUUCCCCCAUAGAAAUUAACGAACACAACUAAGUUGGUCUGCUGCAUUCAUGUCCUCUUUGUUAGGGUUCCUACCUGUGAGAACCAAAUGCUAGACUAGAUAGGCCUUUGGCCUAAUCCAGUAGCCAGGCUCUUGUGAUGCUCUCCCUCCACUGUCAGAAGCAGGAUGCCUCUGAAUACCUGUUGCUGGGAACCACAAGUGGGGAGCGUCGUCAGCGCACUCAUAUCCUGCUUGCGAGAUUCCCAUUGGGACAUCUGAUUGGCCCCUGUGAGAACAGGAUACUGGACUGGCUGGGACAUUGCCCUGACACAGCAGGCUUUUCUGACAGUCUUGAGUCCAUUAAUUUCAAUAGGUGCACUAUGAGUGAAGCUUAUGUGAAUUCAUUGCAUUUCCUUCUUUCUCCAGUCUACCCUUGAAUAUUGUGCUGAAGAGUGAGGGUAAAAAGGUAAAGGUAAAGGGACCCCUGACCAUUAGGUCCAGUCGUGACCGACUCUGGGGUUGCGGCACUCAUCUUGCUUUAUUGGCCGAGGGAGCCGGCGUACAGCUUGCGGGUUAUGUGGCCAGCAUGACUAAGCUGCUUCUGGCAAACCAGAGCCAUGCAUGGAAAUGCCGUUUACCUUCCCGCCAGAGUGGUACCUAUUUAUCUACUUGCACUUUGACGUGCUUUCAAACUGCUAGGUUGGCAGGAGCUGGGACUAAGCAACGGGAACUCACACCAUCGCGGGGAUUCGAACCACUGACCUUCUGAUUGGCAAGUCCUAGGCUCUGUGGUUUAACCCACAGUGCCAGAAAGCUAAUUAAUAAAUGAUCCCCCAUUUUUCCUCCUGUGAAAUGGGCAUUUUCUGGUGCCCAUAACAAUGCCUUAAGUUUCUAACUGUGUCCCUGCCCACCCCCACCCCCCUAAAAAAAUAAAAAACAGUUCCUAGGGUAUAUAUACAGAAAUGUCUAUAUUCAAAACACACACUCGCUCAUGCAACAAGCCUAUCUGUACAAAAACCUAAUGAAACAAGGUUAUGACCCGCUCUAAAGCAAGAGAGAUUGGAUUCUCCCUCCCCCUUCGCGCCAUUUCCCCCUUCCUACGAUAUCUUUUACAUCAAAGAAAAAAAAAUGCUGCAUUUUCAUGUAUGGGUCUGUUAUUUUAACAACACACACACAUGUACUCAAAAUGCGUAAACGCAGAAGCCCAAAUUAUACGGGCGGCAGAUUCCAAUUUUACUCUGGCUGUGCUUUUCAGGAAGGCUUGAUCAUACUUAUUUGGAAAGCAAGGAAGAACCUGUGCUCAGAUCAUGAAAAACUUUAGUACUCCAGGUUGGUGGGGUGGGUGGGGGGUGAGGGAAGCAGACGAAGGCGGGGGGGAGGGGGGGAUCAGGAAAGGGAGAGGUAAAAGCAGUGCUUUUUUCUGGGGGUACGCAGGGGUACGCAUACCCCUAAACAUUUUGUGUAUCUAAGUUGGGUCUCAUUGAGGGGCAGUGUUUCAGUAUGAGUAGGAAAAUGAGAGUACCCCUAAACAUUUUUUUUAAAAAAAGCACUGGGUAAAAGGUAGAGGAGAAUUGAGUGCCUAGAAAAGGCACACAUCUGUAUGUGAAAUAUUUAAAACUCUUUAACCAAAUGAAUUGAAAGCAAACUUGGGUCUAUAGUUACAAUUCCCUAAACCAGGCCCGUUAAAUAAAACAACUAAAUAGAUUUUUAAAAAAUAAAUAAAUAAAUUCAUCAACAUGGCAUUAUGGGCCCCAUUCCAUCAUUUGGGUACAUGCUUUGGCUUAUUCUGUUCCCCCCUUAAAAAGAAGAAGAAGGAAAAUACCCCAGUUCAAACAACAUAGAGGUUUGCUAUAGUAUAUCAAUGCCUCCUUAUUUAUCCCACACCAUAGGAGGGCUGGUCUUGGGAUGUCAUCUUUAAAGGGAUGAAGGGGCAAUGGGGAAAGAAAGAAGGUGGGGGGAGAGGGAGGGAGGGAGGGAGGAGGCUGGGUGAUUGUGGGGAGGGUGUGUGUGCAUGAAGAAUCAGGGAGUGGGGCAAGAAGAGGAAAAAAUUGGAAGUAAAUGGUCCAUGAACUAAAGUGUGAUGUACAGCUAUCGAUGCUGCAAAUGGUUUAUUCAUCCAGGGUUGAUAUUGUUGUGCCUGGGACUGAAUGAACUCUUUUCAGGGUACCCAUAUGAAGUUAAAGCAAGUAAAUUUCUAUCUUCCGAGGUAUUAGCUGCCUCAUUGCUCCUCAAUCGGGCCUCACAGAGGCAGAAAAUAGCUCAACCAUCUGUUUUCAAAUCCCUCCGGCUGUCAGGUCUGGGGGGGGGGGUCAUGUCUGUUGGGGGGGUGAUGAUGGCGAAAGGGGGUGGAGGAGGAGAAGACGAAGGGACAGGGUGUCAGCAUAUCAGCACCCUCUACUCUCCCCCCCCCCAUCUAACUCUUGCUGCAACUCAAAAUAGAGAGAGGUUUUCAGAGAAAAAAAAGUAGCCUGAACACCCGCCGUUCAUUUUGGUCCAUGGAGAUCUAGGGUGGCAGCACCCGCCAGCCCCAGCUGGCUUAGCCAACAGCCAUGGGUGGUGGGAAGCAUGGUCCAACAAGGGCUGGAAGGCUCACAGUUCCCCUAACGUGCUCUACGGUCAGGACACCAGUACAUUGGGGUGGGGAAGCUGGAGUUCUUCCAUGAUGGGGUGCUUCCAUGGGUGGAGGCAGUCAUGCUUCUGAACACCAGUUGCUGGAUGCUACUGGAGGGAGGAGAGCUCUCGCUCUUGGGUCCUGCUUGUGGGCUUUCAUUGGGAUAUCUGGUUGGUCACUGUGGGGAUGCUGGGUUAAGUGGGUCACUGCCCAAGGGCUCUUCCUAUGUUCUUAUUCUCAGAUGUUGUUGGACUCUAGCAUGACCUAGUCAUCAGAGAUGCUGGGAACUUGAGUCCCCCCCCCCCCACAAAAAAAUGGACCCAGACAAUUAGAGAUGGAGAAGAAAUUGGAUUCUUUUCUUCUUUAAAGCUAUGAAAUUUGCAGUGUGUGAACUGCAAACAUAGCCAUCCUUCAAAAUUUGAAUUUUUGAAUCUGUACUUUCUGAAUUUUGCAGUGCGGUUUUCCAACCAACUAAUGUUUACAAUUAUGUAAUACUGUGGGUUCCUGCCCCUGUUCACAUUGCUCAGCAACCCCACCUGCCCUCUACCAAAAUCUCACCCCUUGCCAACAUAGUGCCUCUCCCUUUACACCUCACCUUUGCGCCCCUAUCCCCUCACAGCUCUGAUGAAUUUUCAGGAGAUGGUUUUUAUUAUUAUUGCAAAUUGUUGCAGGAAUCUAGAGGACUGAAUUUAAUAUUGGAAAAAUGAGAAACUGAGAGAACAGGGACUGACUGAUCCCUCCCUCCCUCCCUCCUUGAUCCCUGAAAUAUAGGAAAGAGAGGGGCGUGUUUGUCACACAUUCCUGUACCUAGGUUGCACAUUCUCUGGGAUGGUUAUGGUGCAGCGGAUGUCAGCAUCAGGGCCUUGUUCAGAGUCCAGCCUGGGGGCUCACAAGCCCAGCAGUGACUGGUCCAUGAGUGCCCAGGGGCUGGUGAAGUUGUGAUCUCCAGAGGACAAUAUGUCCAGAGCGAGAUUCCUAAAAUGUGAGCUGGACCCCAGUGCUUCCAGGGGUUGAGCUUCCCAAAAUGUAUCCCAGCAAUGAAUCAAAAGAGAAACAAAGGCAGGAUUGUGUGGCCGUUAUGUUAAUGAAGCUGAUUCAGGGGAUAUGGCCCACUGUUUUUUGUUCAUGGGUCCCCAGAAGCCCAAGGGCAUCUGUGGCAGAUUUCGAUCUAACUAAAAGUGGGGCCUGCCACAAAAUGUUGCAGCAUGCACUUCUCUUUUUGCAGGAGUGCUCCUCUUUAGGGUUCUCACUAGCCAUUAGCCCCUCCAAGAUCUUAGAGCUGUUGCUGCUUAAGCAGACAUCCUUUUGCCAUUUUUAUUUCCCAAAAUGACAUCCCAUGAGAACUGAUCAUGCUCAGAAUUCAGGGCACAUGUUUGAUUUGGGGUGCAUGUUUGGCCCCACAGAUAUUAUCUUGGUACACUUUAGAUUCCCCCAAAGUAUGCCAAUACAUCUCCUUUUGUCCUCAGUGAACUCCUUUCACCUCUAUUUGUGUUGGUACUUCAUUCUAGCAUUUGGUGUUGGUGGAGAGAAGCUUUCCAUCAUGGUGCUAGAAAGAGGUUUUGCUUUUGUUUUUUGUCCUUUAAUAGCACUGGAACUUGGAAGUGUGUGUGAUGGGCUAGAGGGGCUCGAUGGUCCUUUGCAGGCCCCAAUCCUCACCACCAAGCACCAACCAGGCAAUGGCUCCUGAGGAGACCAUAUCUGGACACCACCAGGAGGCUCCACCUAUGUUGGAAGGAGCAGGGUGGGGCCCUUCCACUCACCAAGAUUAUGGUAGGGAAGGGCCCCGGUCGCAGGACCUCAGCUAGAAUGAAGGGUGCAGAAACCUGGAGGGUAGAAAAAGCCCCACAGUAGGGAGAAGGCAGGCGGUGGAAGUUCAGAGACCUCGUUUCUCUCUCUCUCUUUUUAAAAAAAUGAUAUUUAUUAGAGUUUCAGAAAAGAUUACAAAAAUAAGAAAAAGAAAGAAAAAAAAGAAAAGAAAAAAUACAAAAUACAAAAAAAUAGAAACACUUAAAAACAAAUCAGUCUUUCCAUGUCUUGUCUUUUGUUUACUUGUUCCCCAGACCUCCUCACACCUCCCUUUUUUGUAUUCCAGUUCAGUUAGUUAAUUCAGCAAAUCCUUUCCCUCUUUGUUUUUAUCUUAAUCCUUUAACUUAAUAUAUCAUAACUUUAGAUUCUCACCUGUUAACAAUCCAUUUUUACAUACUCCUUUGUAACAUUGCUGCUAAAACCACUUAACUUCAUUCCGACAUCAUUCUAACAUUCAUUAAUUUUACAGUAUUUCUGUAAAUAGUCUUUAAAUUUCUUCCAAUCUUCUUCCACCAACUCUUCUCCCUGGUCUCGGAUUCUGCCAGUCAUUUCCGCCAGUUCCAUGUAGUCCAUCACCUUCAUCUGCCAUUCUUCCAGAGUGGGUAGAUCUUGUGUCUUCCAGUACUUUGCAAUAAGUAUUCUUGCUGCUGUUGUAGCACACAUAAAGAAAGUUCUAUCCUUCUUUGGCACCAAUUGGCCAACUAUGCCCAGGAGAAAGGCCUCUGGUUUCUUCAGAAAGGUAUAUUUAAAUACCUUUUUCAUUUCAUUAUAGAUCAUCUCCCAGAAAGCCUUAAUCCUUGGGCACGUCCACUAAAGGUGAAAGAAUGUACCUUCAGUUUCUUUACAUUUCCAACAUUUAUUAUCGGGCAAAUGAUAGAUUUUUGCAAGCUUGACUGGUGUCAUGUACCACCUGUAUAUCAUUUUCAUAAUAUUCUCUCUUAAGGCAUUACAUGCCGUAAACUUCAUACCUGUGGUCCAUAACUGUUCCCAGUCAGCCAUCAUUAUGUUAUGUCCAACAUCUUGUGCCCAUUUAAUCAUAGCAGAUUUCACCGUUUCAUCCUGAGUAUUCCAUUUCAACAGCAAGUUAUACAUCUUUGACAAAAUCUUGGUUUUGGGUUCUAACAGUUCUGUUUCCAAUUUUGAUUUUUCCACCUGGAAGCCAAUUUUCUUGUCCAAAUUAUAUGCCUCCAUUAUCUGAUAAUAAUGAAGCCAAUCUCGCACUUUAUUUUUUAGUUUUUCAAAACUCUGCAAUUUCAAUCUGUCUCCCUCUUGUUCCAAAAUUUCCCAUUUUGCCUCCAUAUUGAGCUUUUUCUGAGCCUUCACUUCCAUUGGUGACAACCACCUUGGGGUUUUAUUUUCCAGUAAGUCCUUGUAUCUCAUCCAGACAUUAAACAGUGCUUUCCUGACAAUAUGAUUUUUAAAUGCUUUAUGUGCUUUGACCUUAUCAUACCAUAAAUAUGCAUGCCAUCCAAAUACAUUAUUAAAGCCUUCUAAAUCCAAAAUGUCUGUGUUUUCGAGAAGCAGCCAUUCUUUCAGCCAGCAAAAAGCUGCUGAUUCAUAAUAAAGUUUAAGGUCUGGCAGGGCAAAUCCACCUCUUUCCUUUGCAUCCGUUAGUAUUUUAAAUUUUAUUCUAGGCUUCUUGCCCUGCCAGACAAAUCUAGAAAUAUCUCUCUGCCACUUCUUGAAGCAAUCCAUUUUGUCCAAAAUUUGCAAUGUUUGAAAUAGGAAUAACAUUCUAGGCAAUACAUUCAUUUUUAUCGCAGCAAUACGGCCUAGCAGUGAAAGCUUCAAAUUUGACCAGAUUUCUAAAUCUUUUUUCACUUCAGUCCAGCAUUUUUCAUAAUUGUCUUUAAAUAAAUUCCCAUUUUUAGCUGUCAUGUUAAUCCCCAGGUAUUUCACUUUCUUAACCACUGUUAAACCUGUCUCAUUCUGAAACCUCUCUCUCUCUCAAUCUCUGUUAAGUCUAAUAUUCCUCUUUCUAGUGCUCUUAACUCUUCUCCAGAUUCUUUCUGCAGGUCUUCUCCGUGGUCUUUCAAAAAUCUUUCUUUGUUGUCCACUGAUCUUAUUUUUAUCUUUCUUCCUUUGAAGUUGAAAGAUAGGCCUUGGGGAAAUUCCCACCUAAAGAUGAUUCUGUUGCUUCUCAACAGGGCAACCAAAUCUCCAUAAUUGGACCUAAGGUCCAAAAGAUAUUUCGGAAUGUCUUUAAAUAUCUCCACUUUUGACUGAUGUAUUUCCAAAGUCUUCUGGAAGUGCAGACUCAAGAUUUUGUCUCUCUCCUCUUUUGUUCGGAGGGUGAUCAAACAGUCUCUCACCCUGUUCUUCUUCCCUCUUCCAAGCCUGAAAGCACUCACUAUCUUAAAAUCUUCCUUCUUCAAAUCUGGGUCCCAAAAGUCUGCAAAUUCCUGCAUAGGAAAGUCAGUCAGAUUGUCUUUCUCAAGUUCAGGUACAGCCCUGAUCCUCAAAUUCGUUUGUUUCUCCUUCAAUUCAAUCAUAGACAAUAUCGACCUGUGGUCUUCAAGUUGCCUAUGUAUCGGUGGUAUCUUCUCUUCUACAGCAACUGCUAUUUCCUUUGCUUCUUCAGCUGUCUUUCGAGUCAAAGUAGAUUCCUGUAGCAGUUUCUCAAUAGUUUCUGUAUUAGUAUUUACCUUCUGUCCCAAAUUGUUGAUACUUGUAGUAUUUUGAUCAAUUUUGAUUGAUGCUUCAGCUACUUGUUUACUUAGUUUUUCCAGAGAUUCAUUAAUUUUACCUAAUGCCUGAGCUAAAACAUCUUCGGAUGCCAUUCCUUUAGGUUUAGGUUGUACAAAUGCGGCCCCUGAUGAUGCAGAGGGGCCAGACGUUGAUGCUCUUCGCUGCAGCCCAGCGUCUGGGCGAAAAGAACUGCCAGACCUCGUUGUUUUUUCCUGAGGCAAAUCUGCCAUAACACCCUAGUUAAAGCCCAAGGUCAGUCCCACGGCCAGAAUUUGUUUUGAAGUGGAAAAUUCCCCUGGCCCAGUUGUUAUUGUAACAGUUUCAAACUUCCUCUAGGGGGACACAGUAGCAGCCAGAAGUUGUUGCCUUAAAAAAAAAACACACCUUUUUUAAUCCCCCAAUUCACAAAAUAGACGACAGUUUCAAUUUCAGUUAUUUUCCAGUUACUUUAAAACCAGGAAAAGCCAGCCAGAAACAUUGUAUCUCUCUUGCAGAGUUAGCUGUCAAAAGGUACUCUAUUCACCAACAGCGCAAUUCACAGUACAGUGGUGCCCCGCAAGACGAAUGCCUCGCAAGACGGAAAAACCGCUAGACGAAAGGGUUUUCCGUUUUGAAGUUGCUUCGCAGGACGAAUUCCCCUAUGGGCUUGCUUCGCAAGACGAAAAUACCUUGCGAGUCUUGGAGAUUUUUUUCGCUUUCCCCCUUUAUCUAAUCUGCUAAGCCUUUAAUAGCCUUUAAUAGCCUUUUAGCAGCUAAUCCCCUAAGCCUUUAAGCCUUUAAUAGCCGCUAAACAGCUGAUAGCGCUAAUAGCGCUAAUCCGUCAAUGGGCUUGCUUCGCAAGACGAAAAAACCGCUAGACGAAGACUCUUGCGGAACGGAUUAAUUUCGUCUUGCGAGGCACCACUGUACGGCAUUCCUAUUGUCCAUUGGCAGCCCGUUCCCAGGUUUUAAGCGGUGGAUUUUAGCUUCCUUUCCUCUCUUUUUGCAGGGAAAUACAGUUCACACCUUUCCCCCCUCCUCUCCUGCAGCCAAGGGGGGAGAUCACUUGUUUUGAUGUUAGAAUUGUAGUCCUUUUCAAACGUCUUUCAAGGUUUUAGCUUACAAGUUCGUUGCUUUACUCUAUUUACAAAGAACGGAAGGCAGACUUCCUGUUUAUGCCUCCCCGCUUCGGUAUCAAAUUACAUCUUUAUUCUCCUUUAUUUCCGAAAUUAACCUACUCACGGGUAGUUAUUUUGUAGCCAGAUUGUCACAGGAAAAAGGUAGCGCUCUCCGGUAACGGCUGUGCGGCUUCGCUCCACGGAAGAAGCAGUUGACUCUCAGCACCGCGCCGCUUCCCUGCUUCACUCCGGAGCCCGUAAUUGGGCUCCUUUGCAGAUUGGGGGGGGGCGCAAAAGGUGCCCGCCGAGUCCCACAGUCACAGGCUUCACCCGCCUGUGAUUUUUUCGAGGGUCCCCGCUUCGCCGUAGCGGAAAGACCCGAUUCCCGUAGAACCAGUCCCUCCGGAUCAGAGGGAGUCCGCCAUUACCGAUGGCGCCACCCUGGAAGUGUCCAGAGACCUCGCUUCUCAGCAAAUUUUGGUUUCUGAUGCAGUUUGGAAAAGAGAAGCCUCAAACUACAUCUUCAAGGCUCUAUUACUACAAUGCGCUUUAGGUAGGGCCUCCUGCAGGCCUGGUUUGGAAAGUGCGGAUGGUACAGUAUGGGGCAGUCAGGCUGUUGAUGGGGGCACUUAGUCAACAACCUGGGAGACCCUUGUUAGAACAGCUGUACUGGCUGCCCAUCAAUGACUGAGCCAGGUUCAAGUUGUUAAUUUACAAAGCCCUGAACAACUCUGAUCCAGGGUACCUUGGGGACAGCCUGAACCUUUAUAUCCCAGAACGACCACUCGUUCUUGCAGGAGCAUUGCAGGUCAUUUCCUGAGUUGUUGAGUUUCAUCUGAAAACAAAAAGAAACUGAGCCUGGAGUGUCAUGGCCCCAGCCCUUUGGAACUAUUUGCCAAUAGAGAUUCAGCAGGGACCUUCUGUUUUAACUUUUAAACGCCUGCUGAAAGAAAUUCUAUUCUGCCCGGCCUUUGUAGGCUAUUAAGGAAGUUUCUUUCUAUGGUGAGUUGAUAAUCUCUGAUUUUUUAAAGUGGUUUUUAAUUUUUUUUUAAUGUAUAUAGAUAUCGUCAUUGCAAGCUGCUCUGCUUUUUUUGAUGGUAUAUAUAUUUUUUAUUACUAUAAAGAAAUAAAUAAUUGCUGAGGUCAUCUGCAUCCCAGCUACCUGUGAAACCUGGAAAAGAUCCUAUCUUCCAGUACUGGGAAUAUAUUCCAUUGGGAGCUUCAUUGACCAAAAUGGAGUUGCACCCACUUUUUGUUGGCGAGCGAGUUCAAUCUGUAAUGUUUAAAUAAUUUAAGUUGCACAUCUCCCCACUGCUCCAUUCCCCCCCUUAUGGCUGCCCCCUAGCCUUCUCCUUGGGCACUCCCAUCUGCUGGUGGUGUCUGCUUGAUGGGAUAAAUGUUCUAGUUGGACCACAGCCAGGGGCUCUUUGUACUAAGUGGAAGCCUUUCCCAGUGACAUGAACAGCUUCUGAUCCAGGGGGCUGUGUGUAUAUGAGGGGUUUCCUUGGAAGACCCUACACACACACACACCAUGAAUAAGGACAUAGGAAGCUGCUAUAUUACUGAGUCAGUCCAUCUAGCUCAGUAUUGCCUGUUCUGACUGGCAGCUGUGGCUUUCCAGGUUUUCAGACAGGGAGGCUCUCCCAGCUCUACCUUGAAGAAACCAGGGACUGCUGGGGACUUUCUGCGUGAAAGGCAAAUGCUCUAACGCUGAGCCACAGUACCUUUGGGGAAGAAAUAUACCUCAGUGGUAGGUCAUGAGAGGUGAAUCUCUGCUUUCAUGAACAAACAAAUUUCUAGUCCCUAUGGGGUACUUGAAAGAGCUUGCGCAGUAUCCAGUCCUUCUGCUUCUGAAUUAGAGAAGGACUGGACACUCCACAAUUAAAUAGGAAGGCAUAGGAAGAGGCCAGCUCACCCAUGAGGCAGGCUGAGUCAGCCGCCUCAGGUGGUGGAAACCCAAGAGGAGGCAUCCCUGCAGGGACCCUGCCCACAUCACCACCUCUGCUGGUGUCUCCAGCAACAGCUCUGACCCAGCAAGAUCUCGGGAAAACUCACCGGAACCGACUGUCGCUGCCUCCACUUUGCUGGCACUGCCACACAACCCACGCAAGGGAGACACCUUCCUAUUUCAUCUUCGGUGGUGAAAUGGGACAUGCCACUCCUGCAUAGGAAGUUGCCUUCUCCUGAAUCAAACUGUUGGGUCCAUCUAGUUCAGUGUUGUCUUUCCCCAGUCCUACCUGGAGAUGCUCAGGGUUGCACCUGGCACUUUCUGCAUGCAACACAAGCUCUCUGCAAUUAAGCUGCAGGCCUUCCCCUAAAAAUGAGUUAAGAGUCUAGUCCUUAUGGUUCUGAAUGAAAGGCUGAUUUAAAUGGGGACAUAAGGAGCUGCCUUAUACUGAAUCAGAGCCCUGGUCCAUCUAGCUCAGUACUGUCUAUGCUGACUGGGAGUUCCUCUCCAGAGUUUCAGGCAGGAGUUUUCCCCGAGCUCUAUCAGGAGAUGUUGGGGAUUGAACCUGCAUGCAGAAGCAGAGGCUCCACAUUAUUCUAAAUCAUGCAGGGGAACUGCAUGAUUUUUUUUUUUAAUGGGCAGUAUAAUUUGUGAGUUUGGAACUGGCCCACCAAAAACUGGUCAAAGUCAUGGUGAAGUCAAGUUUUGGUCCACCAUCUUGAUUCAAAAUGACGUGUUGACAAAAGCUACCUACUCCCGCCUUCAUGCCAAGUAUAUCUCAAGAGGCAUCCAAAUGCAUAGAGAAGCGACAGGCAGGCAGACAGACAAGCAGGCAAACAAGUAGACAGACCACUUUUAAAAAUAUAUAGUACAGUGGUACCUUGAGUUACAUACGCUUCAGGUUACAUAUGCUUCAGGUUACAGACUCCGCUAACCCAGAAAUAAUACCUCGGGUUAAGAACUUUGCUUCAGGAUGAGAACAGAAAUUGUGCAGCAGCGGUGCAGCGGCAGCAGGAGGCCCCAUUAGCUAAAGUGGUCUUCAGGUUAAGAACAGUUUCAGGUUAAGAACGGACCUCCGGAACGAAUUAAUUUCUUAACCCGAGGUACCACUGUACACACAUGUUAAAAAAUGCACCUUUAAAUUUGACAACUGAUACAUAAAUGUGGCAAACUAAACUUUUAAGAUUGGGAGGGGAGUGAAACCAACAUGGACAGAUUGGUUCAUCACUAGGUCCCUGGAGAUGGGAGGCAAGUGGUUUCUCAGUGGACUUGACGCAAACCUGUGUCAGUUGUACAGUUUAUACAGCUAGAGAUGUCACCCACCCUUGCUCAAACUGAAUUUAUCUUUUCAAACCCCUGUAAACGUCAAGCCAUCCUGCAUUUGGGCCUAGAUGUUGUGCACAGUUCCGCUCUCCAGCCAUUGGUGUAACAUGACGCCUCGGAGUCGGAGGCUGGCCCAGGAAAGAGCUGGACUCUGUGAAAUUGCAAAGCCAGCAAGUAGACAGAGGAAUUUAUUUCCACAUGCCCAGAGAGAUUCCCUUAUUCUCUCCCCCCCUUUCUCUUCUUCAGCUCCACCCCCCACUUACUGCAUGCCCGCAAAUGUGGAAAUUCAUCAGAAGCCCCCGAGGCAUAAACUAAUUAUGGGAAUGUUGUUGCUCUUUUUCCCACCAGCCCGGUUUUAAGAGAUAAGACACCCCUGUGCUGUAAAAAUCUGGUGAAGGGGGUGGAAAAAUAUAUAUACAUAAAGGUUGAUGUGUUUUGAAAUGGCUUUUUUGCUUUGUUCCUCUAUUUCCCCCCUGGGUGUAUUAACCUUGGGGACACCGUCAAAAUGCACAGUCUCCCAGAGCACCUGCUGGGGUCAAGGCUAGUCAUUAGUUUUUCGGUCAGUGCAGAAUAAACCCCAUUUCUCUCCCUCUCCCUCUCUCUGGAAGUGUAUGGGGUUCUGCCUCUAUCUUUUCCCUCUCUGCCAAAGUCGCAUUCCCCCCACCCUCCGCCGUUUUCCCUGCCUGACUUGUUCCUCCAUAGCUAUUCCACCUCCAGCUGUGGGGGCGUCAAAGGAAAAGAUGAGAUCAAGUUGAGGGGAAAAAAUUGUCUGAUUCCCCACAAGGCCCUUUGUUCCCAAACACCUCCGGUGCUCUCAUUUUGCAAAGGGUGGCAAAAUAAUAAUAAAAAAUCCCAACCCUUCCUUUGGCAGGGUUUCUUUCUUUCUUUUUUUGCUGCCUGAGCAGUCUUAGGCUUUUAAGAAGAGGGGUGUGUGUGUGUGUGUGUGUGUGUGUGUGUGUGUAAAGGUUUGCAGAUUGCAUGCAUAGGAGGCUGGGAAGUUGUCAAAGGGAAGUUGUUAAGAACUCCAAGGAAGCCUCCAUGCUCAGGGGAAGUAUAUCUCUGAAUGCCCGGCCACCACACUCUCUCACGAUGCUAGAACUCGUGGACAUCUGAUGAAGCUGAAUGUUGGAAGAUUCAGGACAGAUUACAGAAAGUCCUUCUUCAAGCAGCACAUCGUUAAACUAUGGAACUCACUCUUGCAGGAGGCAGUGCCGACCACCAACUAGGGUAGCUUUAGAAGAAGAUUGGACGAAUUCAUGGAGGAGAAGGCUAUCAAUGUCUACUAGCCAUGGUGACUCUGCUCUGCCUUCAUGGCUGGAGGCAGCAGUCCUUCCAAACAUCAGUUGCUGAAAUCCUGCUUGUGGGUUUCCCACCAGCAUCUGGUUGUCCACUACAUGGACCAUUGUCCGGAUCCAGCAGGUUCUUCUUAUGCUUUUAUGUUCCUGUGUUAAAGCCAUUAGCAACUCCAACGAAGCCCCCAUGACCAGAGGCAAGAUGCCAGACUGCCAUGCUCAGAAGGCCUUGUGGUUUAUUCAUGACAUCCCAGAGGUAUUCAGCUGGGCUGCUGUUGGGGAGAGACUGCUGACUAGACCUUCGUCUGAUCCAGCCAAGGCAAUGCUUAGUUUCUUAAAAGGAAGUUCUGGCCAGGCAACUCUACAACAUCAGAUUGUCCCACAAGCAAGCACUUGAUUGCACCAGAAACACUCUCCCCACUUGUGCUUCCCAGCAAUUGGUAUUCAGAGGCUUCUGACAAUGGAGGAAGAACGUGGAUUUGUAUGAUACUCUUUUUGAAGUCAUCCUAGUUGGUAGCCAUCACCACAGCCUGCAGGGAAUGUUGUAAUGUAGGCAGGACCAUGUGAGAACACAGGACAUGCUGGUCCACAGCAGCAUAGCGUGGGGGGGGGGCACAAGGGCAGUUGCCCCAGGUGCAAAAUUGUUAGGGGUGCAAAAUUUCAACACUUGGUGCUGCCUCAAUACAGCUGCAUGCUUCCGUAGCUGAGCUCCAUGCAAACCAGGAAGUGACCUUUCCAGACGACAGAACAGCUUUUUUUCUUUUAUCUGCAGCUGUGAUCUCCCUGGGUGAUGCAGAUGCCAUUAGGCAGUUGAAUGCGCAUGCGUACUCUGUCCGUUUCCCUCCUUCCCCCUACUCUCUGUGCGGCCACCAGGCACUGGUAGCCCAUGCUAUGCCACUGGCUAUCCAAUCAACUUGUCUCUCUAUCUUGGCAUUCUCCUUCCCAACAGUGGCUGACCAGAAGCUAUAGAGGCAUAGUGACAGCCCCAUCAUUCACACCUUCUUCCCUCCCAGCAUCUAGUAUGUCAAAGGUUAUCUAAACUUUGAAAACUAGAGUUUUUGCUGCUAGGUCUCAUGGCUGGUUUCUAGAAAUAGAUCCUUUCCCUCAUCUAUUUAACCAAUACUUUUAGGAAAAGCUGCUUCGGCUUGUAACCAGUGUCAUGUUCCAUAAGUCUGCUAUUGACAGAACAUUGCUUGAUUUUUUCUAAGCCCCCCCCCCCAAUUUUAUUUGUUCACCUCUUUCCCCCUGAAAAUGAGCUACAUUCAGCAGAACAUUCCCUGCAGUCCUUGUGUAUGGUUGACAACAAAUCAUGAGUGGACAUGUGUUUACGAUAUCAUAGGCACUAGCCAGUAGGUCCCUGCACAGUCACCUCUCCUCCCACCCCUGGUUUGAAUUGAUCAAAGCCACCCUGAACUGAUUUCAGAGCUCACCCUGGGUCAGAAACAAAUGUAUGCUUGUACUGGGAAUGCCAGGAGGGGUUUUCCAAACCACACCUUCCAUUCCUGUCUUCACUCCCAGAUUUCCAGGGCUUAGGUAAUUUGCAUCCAGUGUUGCUAACACUCAUUUCUCUCUCUCUCUCUCUCUUACAGAACCAGGCACCCCCUGGCCUUUACACAAGGACAAGAGACCCUGCUACAGCCCCAGACACUCCAGACAUCUUAGAGAUUGAAUUCAAGAAGGGUAAGGACAGUCUUUUUGCAAUGCUGCAUUGUGGCCACAUUCGGAAGAGUGAGUACAGUUCUGGUCACAACAUCUAAAACAGGGGUCAGCAAACUUUUUCAGCAGGGGGCAAGUCCACUGUCCCUCAGACCUUGUGGGGGGCCGGACUAUAUUUUGGAAAAAAAUAAUGAACGAAUUCCUAUGCCCCACAAAUAACCCAGAGAUGCAUUUUAAAUAAAAGCACACAUUCUACUCAUGUAAGAACACACUGAUUCCCGGAAUGUCCGCAGGCUGGAUUUAGAAGGCGUUUGGGCCAGAUCCGGCCCCCUGGCCUUAGUUUGCCUACCCAUGAUCUAAAAUAAAAAUGUGUUGUAGGCUUGGAAAUGGUGCAGAAAAGGACACUCUAAAUCAGGGGUGCCCAAACUUUUUUCAAAGAGGGUCAGAUUUGAUGGAGUGAACAUGCGUGAGGGCCGACCAAAGUUGUUGAGUUUUUUUAGGAUUGAAGUUGUUGAGUUUUUACCCCAGGACAUAUACUGCCACAGGGGCCAGAUUACAUUGACUGGUGCACCAGAUUAGGCCCCCAAAACGGACUUUGGACAUGCCUGCUCUAAAUAGUCAGGGGGCUUGGAGCAAGCUUUGAGGUGAGGCUUUGGUGCUUUUCAGUAGAGUUUGUUAACAUAUCCAUCCAAAGGCCAUCAAACAGAGUAAUCAGAUGAUGGGAAAUCAAGCUUUAUUUGGGUUGAUCUACUGAUUAAGAACCUAAGAGACUGUUGGAUCAGGCCAGUGGCCCAUCUGGUCCAGCAUCUUGUUCUUACUGUGGCCAACCUGAUGCCUCUUCUGAGAAAACUCAAAACAGGACCAGAGCCCAAGAGCACUCUCUCUUCCUGUGGUUUCCAACAACUGGAUCAGAAGCAUUACUUCUUCUGAACAUGAAAGCAGAGCAGAGCCUUUGUGGCUACUAGCCAUUGAUAGCCUUCUUCAUGAAUUUGUCUCUUAAAACUAUCCAAGUUGGUGGCCUUUACUGCCUCCUGUGGGAGUGAAUUCCAGAGUUACUAUGUGCUGCAUGAAAAUCCCUUUUCUUUUAUCUGCCCUGAAUCUUCCAACAUUCAGCUUCAUUGGAUAUCCACAACUUCUAGUGUUAUGAGGGAGAAAAACGCUUUUCUGUAUCCAUUUUCUCCAUGCCAUGCAUAAUUUUAUCAUUGUCUAUCAUGCUGCCUUUUUUCUAGACUAAUAAUAAUAAUAAUAAUCCCCAAAGCUCCAACCUUUCCUCAUAGGAGAAUUGCUUCAGGCCCUUGAUAAUUUCCAAUUCUUCAAUAUCCUUUCUGAGGUGAGGUGACCAGAAUUGUACACAGUAUUCCAAACACUAUCACACCAGAGAUUUUUAUAAAGGCAUUAUAUCCACAUUUUAAUUUUCAAUUCCUUUCCUAACGAUCCCUAGCAUGAAAUUUCUCUUUUCCACAGCCACUGUGCACUGGGCCGACAUUUUCAUAGAGCGAUCCACUACAACGCCAAGGCACAAUAUAAUAGCCUGAUCAAAGCACAAAUAAAUUAACCGGUAGGGAAAGCGAAGGCCCAUCAAUGGAUUCUCCCUCCAUCACCAUGUGUCCACCCAGCAUCCCUACCGGACGACACAGAGUGAUGCAGUGAGGUUUAAUAACUCACUCUGUGUUUUGAGAGAAAGGCGUGCUCUGGCACCCACAGAAACCCACACGCACCCACAUGCUACCCUCCUUUCGCCUGCAAACACAUCCUUGUUUUACCCCCUAGUUAAUUUAUUUGAAGUUCUAAUCUAAUUAUUAACUAUUUUAAAAGGGAUAAGCAGCUUUCCUGGACAAUGCCUGCGCUCCUCCAGGCGGGCCACGUCCGAUCGCUGUCCGAAAAGGCUACAAUAGACCGAGAAAGACGAUGGCGAGGAGGUGCUGACGGCUGUGCUGACCAGAAAGAGAUUUAGGGUUCAUUAUCGCCGGGGCUUACAUUUAAUAGUCAUUUACAGCCGAAUUCAUAAACCCUCCAGUCUCCUAGCCCACUUUUUCUUUCCUGUGUAUGUGUGUGUAAGGCGCAGGGGGGACAACAAAAAAAUAAAAUAUAUAAAUGGGUUUAGAAUGGAGACGCUGACAGGCAGCCUUCACCACACAGCGGGCCUUUUGUAAUAAAGACUAGAAAGGAAGCUAUUGAAUCCUGAUUAGUGACUGAUAAAGCUCUAUAUGGUAAUGAGGAGGGCAGAUGGAAGAGAGAUUAGCCUCUGAACAGGCUCACCGGCCUCCCCCCACUGCCAAGUUUCCCCCUAUUUUUCUUUUAUGGGUCUCCCACCCUCUUUUCCACCUCCCCACACAUCUCCCCUGUGUCCCGCUUCCGUAUACAUUUAUUGCUCAUUUCAUACUGGGGGGGAGGGGGGAGAGAAGAAAAGAGCGGUUUCUUUCUCUUUCAGUCACCACCUUGGGCUCUUCAUGUCUUUCCCUCAUGCUCUUAAAAAGAACAGAAAAUAAUAUUUCUUUUUGUUUUGGUUGCCACACCUCUGGGCUUCCCACUCUCGGGGUUCCCGCCACUUCCCCUCACUGUCACCCUCUUAAAAAUAAAAUGAAAGUAAGUGUAGUCUUGAAUUCCCUGAGAAUCUUCUCGGUCUUUGGCCACAAACAGUCCCAAGUCAAGCUCCCUAUUCAUUCCUGUCAGGUGGAUAACUGGGGACAUGUGCGGCAUUUGUCCGUCAAAUGGAUGUUAACAGGGGCCGUGCGCUGUGUUUUCACUUGCGCCUCAGUUUUCCCGUCCUUUCUCCUCCUCCUCCUCUUUUAAUUGUGGGGUGGGGGUGUAGAGUUUGUCCGCCGGGGCCGAGUCUCGGUGGCUGGUGGAACAGAAGGUGCGACGGGCUGAGACAAUGAGGGAGCGUGAAAUUUAAUUAGUCGAGGCCUUACCCGCAAUUUCAAGCUCCUCAAAAAAAAGAGGUGGGGGGGAAUAGACGGGCGGGUGGGAAGGGGCAGUUGUAUGUGGGAGGGGGGAAACUUUUAUUGCCUUAAAAAAAAAAAACCCACCUCUUUUCUCUCAGGGCUUUUUUUCGGCCUCGUAUUGUGUGAGGGUUCACCCGACCCUGCUUUUUAAAGGGGGGAAAAAACACCAGAGCCUUCUGAGCGGAGCAGCUUAGCCAUGCCUUUUUAAGAAGUUAUUUAGAGUUCAUAUCUGUCACAUCUAUUUAACACGUCCAGGGUGAUGUUUUAAAGAGGCGCUCUUGACAUUAAUAAGGGGAUUUCAAAGUCCAGUUCCCCUGUUACCCUCCCUGCCCGUCUGUUUCCUGUGCCGACUUUCUCUCCCCCACCCCGUCCAUCUCCAUGUCCCUUUUCUCUUGCCUGACAGGUGUCCCCAUCAAGGUCACCAAUGUCGAAUACGGCACUGCCCACCAUUCGUCCCUCGAGCUCUUCGUUUACCUGAAUGAAAUUGCGUAAGUUUCCCCGUCUGUGUUGGCCCCAUGGAAGGAUGAAGGAUGAAGAGAAAUUCAUUUUGGUUCAUGUUUAUCAUCAGACCUACCAUAAUUUGCGCUUUCUGGAAGAUACAUGAACCACAAACACAGCCAUCCUCUGAAAUUUGCCCUUCUCCCAAUUUUGCACUGUGGUUCUCCAGCCAAUUAAUGUGCCCCAAAAUGCAUGAAAUAGGAUAAAGCGUGUGUAAGAAAAGGGACGUAUGUACUGAAGAUAACAUACAAAAAUGCAUUAUAUUACCCGGAUUAAAAUGUAAAAAUGCAGUAUUUAAAACACUUUAAAACAACAUACAAUCACAAAAAUAAGGUGGGUCCAAUAUAUAUAUAUCUCAUAUAAGGCAGUGUUCCUGUGAGAAAGAGGGAGAGGAAAUAUACAUGUCCCUCCUUGUCUUUCUUGUUUAUUACCUGCCCUUCAUCCUAAAGACCUAGGGUGGGUUACAGCCAUUUAAACCACAUGCAAGUUCGAAAAAACUUGCAAUCAUAGAAGUGCAGUGGGCUCUAAAAAUAUACACCUCAGGUGUCAAAGGCUAGGAUAAAGAGGUGUGUCUUUAGCAUUCACUGGAAGCUGUAUAGUGAAAGUGCCCAACACAUCUCUGUGGGGAAGGAGCUCCACAACUUAGGGGCUGCCACAGAGAAGGCCCUCUCCUGGGUGUCUGAGGGUGGUGGAACAACCAAGAGGUCCCCCUCUGCCAGUCUUGGCACCUGGGAUGGUAUGUAGGGAAGGAGGUGACCUUUCAGGUAUUUGGGGCCUGAGUUGUUUAGGGCUUUAAACACUAAAGUGAACACUUUGAAUUGGGUCUGGAAACAAACUGGCAACCAGUGCAGCUGAUUUAAAAUGGGUGGAGGGGUAUGUGAGUUCUAAAUGUAACCCGAUCCACUGAACCUGGCACCAGCUGAAGUGUUGGAGUCAUCUUCUAGGGAAGCCCCACACAGAUCACAUUGCAGAAUCCAAUUUGGAAGGUGGAAGAGCAUGGAGUACAGUGGCUAAGUCAUCUGUCCAAAAGGGGUCAAAACCCUUGUACCCAGCAAUCCUGAGAGAGACCUUUACCCUUUCCCUUUGCUUCUAGUGCUUUGCACUGCCUUGCCUGCAGGUUUAGAAACACAUAGAACUAUGGAUUUUUUUAGAAUUGGAAGGGACCCCAAGGGUCAUCUAUUCCAACCACCUGCAAUGCAGGAAUCUCAAACAGAUCAUACAUAGCAGCUGGCCAUCCAACCUCUUCUUAUAAACCUCCAAGGAAAGAGAGUCCAGCAUAUAUUGUGGGAGUCUGUUCCAUGCCUGUGAGCAUUGACUCUCGCCUCCUUCCUCUCCACAGUGCCAAGCAUGGUGUUGGGCGCAUUGACAUCGUGGAGAACCGGUUCAUCGGAAUGAAGUCUCGAGGUAAGCAUUGUUCUUUCUGAACUUGCAGAGAUUCAGCUAAACCCAGACCUGACACACUAAUUUGAGCUCCCUCUAUCGGAAGGGAAGGGGGCUCCCUACUAUGUUGGCUUGCCUGGUUGUCAGGAUCAUCUGUGGAAGCCCUGCUGGUGGUGCCACUGUACUUUGAGGCCCAUGGAUUGUGGUGUAUGGGAGUGCCUUAUUGGUGGUAGGCCCAAGAAGUGCCCACUCUUUGGAGGUGGCCUAGCAACAUUGCUGUACUCCUUGUUGAUUAAUCAUGCGCCUCUUCGAGAUGCACCUCUUUGCCUAAGUUUUUGGAAGUGGUUGAGUUGUUUAAAUCUGGUUGGAGAUCUGGCCCUACUCCUUGCCUAAUUAUUGGGCUGGUGUUGGCUAUAAUCCAGUAACACACAAGCUGUACUUCCAUUUCCUCCUUUCCUGAACCUUAGAAAGGACCAUAGCUUAGUGACAGAGCAAGCAGAAGGUCUGAAGUUCAAUCCCCAGCAUCUCCAGGUAGGAUUGAGAGAGAUCUCCUGCCUGAAACCCUGGUGAGCUGCUACCAGUCAGUGUAGACAGUACUGAGCUAGAUGGUCUGACUCAGUAUAAGGCAGCUUCCUGUGUUUCCUCCGGACAAGGGACAACAUCUAAAGGUCACUCAAAACUUGGAGCAGUCUGUUCCAAUCAUUGCUCCUAAUAUGUUGGAAACAGUAUGGUGUAGUGGUUAGAGUGUUGGACUAGGACCUGUGAUACCAGAGUUCAAAUCUCCCACUUGCCAUUGAAGCUCAGCCUAACCUACCCCACUGGGUUGCUAUGGGGAUUAAAUGAGGACUACGGCCUGGGACCUGGGAGUCCAAGGUUCAAAUCCCUGUUUGGCCACGUAGCUCAUUGGGUGUGACCUUGGGCCAGUCACUGCCUCUCAGCCUAUAGCUUACCUCACAGGGCUGUUGUGGAGAUUAAUUAAGGAGGGGAAGAACCACAUCUGCCGCUUUGACCUCCGAGGAGAUAAAAGGUGUUCUAUAAAUGCAUUAAAUAAAUUUAAUAAAAGUAAUAAAUAAAUUGAUAGCCUGGAUAGCUCAAUUGGUUAGAGCGUGGUGGUGAUGAUAAUGCCAAGGUUGCAGGUACAAGCCUUAUAUAGGACAGCUGCAUAUUCCUGCAUUGCAGGGGGUUGGGCUAGAUGAUCAUCAGGGUCCCUUCCAUCUCUAUGAUCCUAUGAUUCUAAAGAAUUGCAGGUGGGGUGGUUGAAGGUAUCCUUGACUAUGGUGUGAACGCUCAUCCCAAUAUCAGCAACGGUGAAUGGGCUUUGUGAGGGGCAGAUGUUGAGUCAUGCUUGCAGCUCAGGAAGUGCCAUUCUUUCAGAUUCUUCAGCUCCCUUGAAACAAUUUCUCCCUUUCUCCUACCAAACUCCCCUCAGAUCUCUAGGAGCGGCUGCAGGAAUAGUGAAUGGCAUGUCUCUUUUAUGUGGGUGCCCCCUAGACGGAUAGCAGUAGGGAUGCAUGCGUGUAUGUGUAUGUGUAUGUGUGUGCUUGGGGAGACGUCUGGUUUUCUCUUCUUUGUAAAACAACAACAACAAAUCUUUUAAAAGAUAUGUUAUUCAAACCUGUUGCUAUUUCGACACUGCUCUUUUUUUGGCCCCAUCUGCAUUGUGUACUUAAAGCACUGUGGUACCACUUUAAACAGCCAUGUUGUUUAGUUGUUUAGUCGUGUCCGACUCUUUGUGACCCCAUGGUCCAGAGCAUGCCAGGCACUCCUGUCUUCCACUGCCUCCCGCAGUUUGGUCAGAGUCAUGUUUGUAGCUUUGAGAACACUAUCCAACCAUCUCGUCCUCUGUCGUCCCCUUCUUCUUGUGCCCUCCAUCUUUCCCAACAUCAGGGUCUUUUCCAGGGAGUCUUCUCUUCUCAUGAGGUGGCCAAAGUAUUGGAGCCUCAGCUUCAGCUUCUGUUUAAACAGCCAUGGCUCCCCCCAAAAAUUCUGGGAACUGUACUUUGUUUAGGGUGCUUGGAAUUGUUAGGCGACAAUCUAUUCUCCUCUUGGAACUACAAUUCCCAGAGUUCUUUGGGAAGAGGGAUUGACUGUUAAGCCAGCCUAGGAGGCAGAGCAUAGCCAUCAUGGCUUGUAGCCAUUGAUAGCCCUCUUCUCCAUUAAUUUGUUCAAUCCUCUUUUAAAACUAUCCAAGCUGGUGGCCAUCACUGCCUCCUGCAGGAGCAAGUUCCAUAGUUUAACUAUUUGCUGCAUGUAGAAGUCGUCUCUAUUAUCUGUCCUGAAUCUUCCAAUAUUCAUCUUCAUUGGAUGCCCAUGAGUUCUAGGGUCAUGAGAGGAGGGGGGAAGAAACACAAUUUUAUUAACUUCUAACAUGUCACCUUGUUCUCCAUACUAAAAAGUCCCAAAUGCUGCAAACUUUCUUUAUAGGGGAGUUGUUCCUCCAGAUCUCUGCCUCCCCAACUCUUUUCUCUCAGUUGGUUAGGAUUUCCUCACACCAAGAAUACUUUGAAAAGGAUAGAGUAAAAGAAAACAUGGAUUGAAGAAGUGAAAAGUGUGGGAAGGCAGUGAUUUGGAGGAGAGCCUCAUAUGGACCACAGAGACUUAAUGGAGGCCCAGGAAGCUAACUGUCCACAUUAAACGACAGAAAUGUUUCAGCUCUUAGGAACUCUUGACAUGAGUGCUAGGGGCUGCCAGAACCUCAGUUGCCCCUAAAUCUUGCAGGAUUUGUGACUUUUGCUUUGAUAUAAAAAUAUGUAGUGUUUAGCAUUAGCCGGAAAAACAACCAAUAAUAAAUUACAUGUAACAAAAUGCUUGGAGGUCCCAGAAAGAUUUUAGGCUCCUUGGUGGGAUUUUAUCUCAUAAACAACUAAUGGGGAUGCACAGGACUUUGUCUCCUCAGUACAAUGUGAAAUUUGGCUUACCUGAUGUUCUUAAGUACUUUGGCAAGCUAAUUCUCUUCCAGAUAUACUAUGCUACUGUUUUGUAAUUCUAUUUAUUUCUAUUUUAUUGAUUUGUUUAUGUCCAUAAGUUACUAUUUUUUUAAUGGCAGUCUGGGUGAGGUCACUGUCGUACUAUGGAACUCGUUCCCAUAGGAGACAGCGAUGACCUCCACCUUGGAUAGCUUUAAAAGAGGAUUAGGCAAACACAUGAUGGGAGGAGAAAACUACCAAUGGGUACCAGCAGUCAGAUGUAGCAAUGGAUCUGAAUACCAGUUGCUGGAAAGCAAAGGAAGGGUGAAUACUCUUGUUCUUGUGUCCUGCUUGUGGGAUUCCCUUGAGGGUCUGUGGUUGGCCACUGGACUGGAUGGAUUCUCUCUGGCAUGACCCGGCAGGCUCUUCUUGCGAUUUCAUGUAUGGAAGGGGAGAGGUUUCGCCCUCCUUUCAUGCUCCGGAGUGCGCUGGAGUUAGUGCCUCUGGUUACAGAGUGUCACAGGUGGAUUGCUGUCAAGGAAGCCGAAACAGCUUUGCUGGAGGUAAACAGACAGCCGAGGUUACAAAUUAGAAAUUUUUAAGUAGCGGCAGCUGUCUUUUAUACCCCCCUCCUCCCAUCACCCCCCCAAUCCUCGUCCACUUUCACGGCAGCAAUUACGGCGUGAUUGAAAUGCCGUGAGCCACGCAUCGCUGACACCUCUGUCUUUUUCCUGUAAACAUGGAGAGAUGAAAAUAGACACUUGGAGCGGCGGUGAGUGUCACUUUGAAGGUGGCUCUUGUCUCCUGUGCGGCGACGCAGGACGGGCGCCUGUCAUUUUCCUCUCCCCCACGCACGGUGGAUCGUACUUCGACUGUCAAGAAGAAAAAACCCCAGCUUCCAGGCCUACAGUCUUUGUGGCUCCGGGUUCCUGUCACAAAUCAAACAAAAACAAAAAAGAGAGAGAGAGAACUGGGGAGGCAGACAGACAGAAGAAAAUAAUCCAUUUCUAACACUCCCUUUUUUCUUUCAGAGAAAUGUGUGGGGCAAUAUGGAAGGGGAGGGCUGCCCAGGGAGGAGGAAUGGGUGGAUGAAAGCUUAUAUAUACACACAGAGAAAACCAAGCUUUUUAUCUGUCCAAAUUAACUUUAACAUCUUCUGAGGAAAGGAGAAGACAGAUUAAUUGGAGUGGAUUAGGGUUACUGCACAGAUUUGGUGAUAAGAGGCUACCCUUGUCUUGCCACAGAUAUUUUUGUUUCUAUGUUGUUGUUUCUUAAAAAGCCCUCUGUGGUGUACAAGGGUCAGCAAACUUUUUCAGUAGAGGGCCAGUCCACUGUCCCUCAGACCAUGUGGGGGGCUGGACUAUAUUUUGGGGGGGGGGGAUGAACGAAUUCCUAUGCCUCACAAAUAACCCAGAGAUGCAUUUUAAAUAAAAGCACACAUUCUACUCAUGUAAAAACAUGCUGAUUCCUGGACCAUCCGCGGGCCGGAUUUAGAAGGCAAUUGGCCAGCAUCCAGCUCCCGGGCCUUAGUUUGCCUACCCAUGGUGUAGAAGAACAUUUUUAUUCUGCUGCACACUCAAGGGAUUAAGGAACAAGGAUGGUCUCUCUCUCUCUCUCCAUCCCCUCCACCACAUUCCUCUCUUCCUUCACAUUGCACCAGUGCAACUGUCUGCCAUGUGUCCUUAGCCCUGUCACUUAACCACUGCCAAACAUUGCAAGCUCACUUGGAAUUGCAAAUGCUGAGGGGAGAAUUUGGAAACCUUCUAGUGGGAUCCCUUUGACAGUGUGUGUCCACCUACUUUUCACCCACCAUUCCUUCCCAUGGAGCUCCUCUUUAAGUGGCUCCUGGGGUUUCCACACUGCCCUCUCCAUCCUCCCAGGAUUAAUAUAAUCUUGGGACCCUGGCCAGUGCCAUCAUUGGAUCAGACCAGUUCCUCCUAGCUCUGUGAGGCAGGGAAGUGGGAUGUUUUUCAGCCUCUGGACGACAUUCCCUUCUGGGCAACCUUUUGAGGGGUGCAGGCCAGUGGUGGGUAGAACCAGAGGCCUGAGUGGGUGAACCAAUGGAUGUAAAUUUUGGCUUUGUACAGUAGGCUAGUUUGUAGACAUGCUAACUCACCCUUUCCCUAUGUUUCGUCAAGCCAACAAGAGGUGGGGUCAGAGUUCAGGGACACAUUUCCAUCCAUCCAGGCAAAUAACAUCUGGAGGUGUGAAGCAGGGCCACUGAGGGGUGUGGCCUGGGGACACUUCCAAGGGCCAGGUAGAAACUCAUGGAGGGCCACAAUUGGCUUCUAGGCCUGAGGUUCCUCAGCCCUGCUGUAGAAACUUUCUUAGCUUCUUGGGCUGUGAAGAUCUGUGAGCCAGAGUCUACAAACAUCAAGACUUGAUAGGUCCGGCUGGUUACCCAUCAAACCAACCUGUGAGACAUGAAAGGUCUUUGAUCUCCUGUCCAUGGCAUGAAUUUCUUUUUCUCCUCUUUCUCUGUACAUCAAAAGAGAUACAUCAAGGUGUCAGGCUUCCCCCAGUCUUUCUGGGUUGGCAAGAUCAUAGCCCAGUGGCAGAGCAUCCGCCUUGCAUGCAGAAGGUCCCAGGUUCAAUCCCCAGCAUCUCCAGGUAGGGCUGGGAUAGACCCCUACCCAAAAUCCUGGAAAGCCACUGACAGUCAGUGAGGAAAGUACUGAGUUAGAUAGGAACUCUUCUGCUAGAUGGGGGUGAAAGUGAACCAGGAGUAGAGCUGGGAGAGAAAUAUGAUUCAAUUGAUGUAUAAAAGUAAAAUUACCUAAUUCACACUUUCUGAGACAAAAUGCAAACUGAAAUGCAGCCCUCCUUCAAGAUUUGCCUGUCAGAUACAGAUAAAACUGACCAAAAUGAUCAAGGGGAUGCAGAAACUCCUUUAUGAGGAAAGAAAGAUUGCAGUAUUUGGAACUUUUUGCUUUAGACAAAAGGCAAGUGAGAGAUGACAGGAUAGACCUUUAUAAAAUGAUGCAGGGCAUGGAGAAAGUGAUGGGGGGAGUUUUUAUCCCCUUCUUAUAAUGCUACAAGUUGUAGAGAUCCCAUGGAGCUUUAAAGGCGAAAGAUUUGUACGGUCCGAAGAAAAACCAGAGUAGCCCAUGAAACUGACUGUUGGAAGAUUCAGAACAGAUAAAAGAAAAUCCUUAUUCAUGCAGCUCAUAAUUAAACUAUGGAACUCGUUCCAUAUAAUGCCUUUCUCAAGGCUGUUAUUUAUGCACACUUUUGCCACUUGUAAUUUUUUGCAAGCAACCCCCCCCCCCGCCACGCAAUGCAUUUCCAUGUGUUAUUUCCACACAUUUAUUCUAUUUCAUUCUGGUCAUGGAACCUGCUUUGCAUGGAUAAAUUUCAAAGGAAAGCUGUGUUUUAUGCAUCAUCUUGCUACAAACAGAACACAAGGUAAACCGCAUGUUAAAAUGUGGACUCCGAAUGGACAUUCUCCCAUAUCCCCUAAACUGAGUUAAGCUUGGCGAUGAGGAACAGAUUGCGGUGGGGACAGUCUGGGUUGGCAGCCCCCAAGUGAAGGUAGAUUAAAACUACCGUCCCCCCCCACCUUCUCAGGUACCCUCCAUUUUUUGUCACAGCUGAGACGGGAGAGGGGCUUUCACUUCUUCUUCAGUGGAACCGUGUUGCGGGGCGGGGGGAGCGAGGGGGAAGGUUUUCUUCCAAACCCCCACGACUUUGCCCCGCGUGGCUUGUUUAAUUACAGGUUUUCAGGCACAGACCGGUGGGCUUGCUUCAGUGGGGGGAGUCGCCUCCAAAACCCUGUCAUUUAGCCUCGUUGGAGUGCCUCUUCAAAGAAGGGAAUCUAGAAAUUUUCUCCGCAAGGUGCGGAGUGGACUGUCUCGGCCUCAGCAUGACUAUAAUGACACAUGCAUUUUACGGCAAGCUGAGAGUGAAUGGAGCCAGGACUGCGGCUCCUUCUGUCAGCCAAAUCAUUAUUUUUUGUCAUUUCCUGACAGUUUGGGUCUCAUUCAUUCCUCUCCCCCUCCCCCCUCUUCUCUUCUCCCCCCAUCUUCUUUCUUUCUUUCUCCCCCUGCCUCGUGAAAUGGCUAGGUAUCUACGAGACUCCGGCGGGGACCAUACUGUACCACGCUCAUUUAGACAUUGAGGCCUUCACCAUGGACCGGGAAGUGAGGAGAAUCAAGCAAGCGUUGGCCUUGAAAUUUGCUGAGCUGGUGUACAAUGGUAUGUAGCACCAAACAAACAAACAAACAAACAAACAAAAUCAUUUUCCUUCCAAGAGUGCCUCUCUCUGUUUUUCAUUUAUGUUUUGGUAUAAAGCAACAGAGGAAGUCUGCAUCUUAGAUGUCGCUCAGUACCAUUGCUUAUUCCUUGUAUUUUAGGGGUGGCUCAGUUGCCCAGAUAAAUUUAACCUAGUUCUCUCCUCCACACACACACACACACACACACACACACACACACACACAGAGUUCAAGGUAUAAGCAACUGUCAGUCCACACUUUCAUGUUACAUCUUUCUUUCCAGAUUUCAUAUGAAAUAAGGCCCAUAACGUUUGUUCCAUUACCUAGUUAGGUUUUCUGUUGUGUGGGGGGAGGCUCACAAAUUUAAUCUACUAAGAUUAACAUCAUAUUUCAGUUGUUUUAAUCUUCCCUGGGACCUUAAGGUGAAGGGCAGAUAAUAAAUGGUAACAAAAGCAACAACAUAGCAAUAAGUCAGUUUAAAAACAAACAAACAAGAAAUUAAAAAAUAUAAGUAAUCAUAACAUAUAUGGAGUGCUUGGGGGGUACUCAAAGGUAUGCUGAACUGGCCCCUUUUUUUCUCGAAGAAAAGCACUGGUUAAAAAUGUGGCGCUUACUGUAACAACUUCAUGGUGAGUACCAGCACCCAUUUAUCUAGAAGAAACGCACUGUAUCUUUACUUUAUAUGUGUGUGUGUUUGUGUGUGUAUUACAAGGGAUUCUAAAAAGCAAAGAAGGCAAUCACCAUCUUUGUAUUUAACUGUUUGCUCUUUGCUAAUUCUUUUUUGGUUUUUUUACCCUGACUUUCAAUGAAAUGUUUUCAAGGAGGCUAUUUGAGGAGGAUGUAUCACAAAGUGUACAGGAAGAAGAAAAAAGGGGGAAACCAGAAAAUUUUAAAAAGAGGUGUUUCCCCUUCUCUUCCUGCCAUAGGAGGGGAUGCCUCUGAUCAUGAUGAAGUGCAUCAUGUUCAGAUAUCUGAGCAUGUGACAAAAGCAUGCUUUUUGCUAACUCUUCUUUUUAUUUAACAUCUGCAAGUGCAAUACUGAUGGAACAAUUCAAAAUCAGACUGUGAUUUCAGUGAUUGGCUAACAGCCUUAGUAAAUCUUCCUAUCUGCAAUAUGGCGCCAUGUCUGAACCUGUGGCCUCCCAAAGCCCUCUCCUGACACAGCCACUGACCAAGUCAUGAAAUAGAUAAUUCCCAGUCACAAGUCACCAUCUGGAGAACAAAGUCAUAAUUCCCCACCUCGGAUGGUUGAGGGAUUCAAUUUUGAUGUGAACGGGCCUGAUCCAUGCUUCUUCGACUAAGGUGAAGAUUGGAAUGCAGCUCUCCUUUUGCAGGGCUCUGAAUCUUGCAAUGCAGUCCUUGGCUUAAAACACACACAAAAGGACCAAAAUGUGUUAAAAUCCAUCUUUUGGGGAAUAAGAUGCAUCUAGAAAUGCAUACAUUAACAUUUUGUGCUAAUAAUUUGGUGUUAAAUAUGAAUUUAGGUAAGUGCCUGGAUCUUGGGGUCUUCAGAUAUCUUGGAAGUGCUCACUGUACCUCUCCUGUUAAGUAUUUGCAAAUAUUCUAUCCCUUUCAAGGGAAACAGCUUUAGAUUUGAGCACCAUCAGUAACUGAUGUAGUUCCUGAGUCUCUGUGUGUAAUUGACACACUUACUAUUGUUACAUUCCAUCCCUGUCUUCUCCAGCAGUGUAGGAUUCCAGGGGUUGCAGGUGCAUUUUACCCAGAGCUUAUGUUUCCUUUCAGACAAUGAGGCACAGCAGAGACUGUGGUGUCUUUAUGAUAUAUGGUUUAUUCACACGUAUAUACAACCUGAACCUAGAUGAAGCGUUUGCAGAGCAUGAAAACAGAACAGCUGAAAACCAUGCUCUCUGUCUCCUUUUUUAGCAGCUUGCCACUAUCAGUCAACAUCAUGUUCCGCCCCGCCUUUCUCUGCUUUCUAAACUGCUUGCAAACCUAACAUUCUCCUCCUGUUUGCUUACAUCAUCCACCCUGAAAUCCUAAACUACUUUGGUCUCUGCCCACCAGCACACAGCUGGAGUCUGCAGUCUUCAAUCCCUCUUGGUGGUUUCCUUGACCUUACUCUGCUUCGUUCCUUAAGAAUUAGGGGGGACUUGUACCCACAAAACUCUGACAUCCCAACACAUCUGGAACUCUCUGUCUGGUCCUCUGACCUCUCCCUAGGCCAAAAUCCCACCAACUCUGCUUGGCGCCUUCCUCAUGUGUUUUUAGCCUGGCUAGAAAGUGUGUCCUGCCUUUAGCUUGCUGGAUGGAGGACAGAGAGUCAUGUGAAUAGAAACAAGCCUGCUAUACAAAGGUAAAGAGUUGUCACUAGUCCUAGUCCUAUUCAGACGCAUUGAAUUUGCUAGGCACAACUAAGUUGCAUUACUGUCCAUGGGCCUGAUUUAUGUUGAACUCAGUUGGAGACAACCCAAAAUUGACAUCCCAUUGCUCCACCCAGUUUUGUCUCUGACCCCCCCCCACGGGCACUAGGGAGUGGUUCUUGUCUGGUAACAUAGCAGCUCCAGCAUGUUUUUCAUACAGCUUGUUUUUUAAAAUAAUAAGAAUAAGAAUAAUAAUACAGGCAUACCUUGGGUUGAAUGUGCUUCAGGUUGAGCGCUUUCAGGUUGCGCUCCGCGGCAACCUGGAAGUAACGAAGCGCGUUACUUCCGGGUUUCGCUGCUCACACAGACGCUCAAAAUGACGUCACGCGCAUGCGCAGAAGCGGCAAAAUGCAACCCACGCACGCGCAGAUGCGCCAUCGCAUCUUACGUUCCAUUCAGAAUGCGAAUGGGGCUCCGGAACAGAUCCCGUUCGCAUCCCGAGGUACCACUGUACAGUUUUUCAAAACAAGUGAAACAAUGAAAUUUCAGUAAAACAGUUUGAAAACAGUUAUUUCACACAUUCAAAAAAUAAUAACUAAAAUAACCGAUAAGCUAAAAACCACAUUGAAAUGCCUGUCAGCAUUCUAUAUAUCUGGAGAGGCCUGCCUAAAUAAAAAUGUUUUUAGCAGGUGUCAGAAAGACUACAGUGAAAGUACCUGUCUUGUGCCAAUAGGCAGGGAGUUCCAACGGUUGUGUGCUGCUAUGCUAAUAGAUCAAUUUAUUGGAAAUGCAGAAUGAGUGUUAUGGAGCACCACUAUCUUUGUCUGUUCCACAGAUCCAAACUGCUCCCUUUGAAGAAAGCUAAGGAUAAUCAGAGGCCAUUCUAACAGUAGUAAAGUGCUCGGCUUCCUUCCAUUAGAACACCACCCCUUUAAACUGUGAGCAGCUCUGCUUGAGAGACGAGACUCUAGCCUUCAUGAGACCAUAAGGCUUUAGUUGAGCUGGAUCAGUAUCUGCCUUUCCUGGCAGCUCUCUGAAUUCCCUGAUUCCCCUCCUGUAGUCUUGCUUUUUUGGAAACUAGCAAGCACUCUAUGAGUGGAACAAGUUUGCUCUUGCUGCUGGACAGCUCCCUGCUGACGCUCCAUCUCCCCCAGGUCUUUCCAAGUUCCCUGCAGUAGGGAAGGAAGGCCUGAGGCUUUCCCAAUGCUGAUUGGACUCCAGCUCCCAUCAGCUCCUGCAGCCAAUGUGGUCAGGGAUGAUAGGAGUUGUAGUUGAGUAACAAAUGGAGGGGCCACAGGCUCUUCCCUGCAGGCUGAAAGCAUGGCUAAUGUAGGCCCAUUAAUUUAAGAAUAUAAUAAGAGCACUGCUGGAUCGGGCCAAUGGCCCAUCUAGUUUAGCAUCCUAUUCUCACAGUAGCCAACCAGAUGUCUGUGGGAAACCUGCAAGCAAAACCCACGAGAACUUCCUUCCUGUGUUUUCCAGCAACUGGUAUUCAAAAGCAUUGCUGCAGCCUAAAGUCCUGGAGGCAGAGCAUAGCCAUUGUGGCUAGUAGCCCUGGACAGCCUUAUCCUCCUCCUUGAAUUUGUCCAACCCUCUUUUAAAGCCAUUCACGUUGGUGGCUAUCACCACUCCCUGCAGGAGCAAGUUCCAUAGUUUACAUAACUCUUUGCUGUGUGGAGAAUGACUUCCUUGUAUUUGUCCCAAAUCUUCCAACAUUCAUAUCCGUUGGAUGUCUACAAGUUUUAGGUGGAAUCUAUGUAUUUUUAAUUUUUUUUAAAAAAUGCUGUGAAAAUGCUUUUUUAAAAAAAGUUUUGAAAAAUGCAUUGAAUUUGGCAUAGCUCACUGUUGCCAUCUAGUGUCACAUUUGUAUAUUGCCCUUUACAAAACAUUUAAAACGUUUUAUUGGAGCUGUGUAGCUGAGUCCUUAAUGUUAGGGGCUGUGUGUGAAAACCUUUUCUUUGUUCACUUUCUCUAUGCCAUACAUCAUUUAUAUAAGCAGCUUUCAUGUUGCCUCUAACUUGCCUUUUCUCUAAACUAAAAAAGUCCGAAAUGCUACAUCCUUUUCUCAUAGGGGAAUUGCUCCAUCCCAUCGAUCAUUUCCCUUGCCCUUUUCUGACCCUUUUUUUCAAUGGGUGUGCUGUGAGUAGGACUUAGUUCAAUCAACCCAAGGUUUUUUGGAAGUACUAUAAAAUUUGGUGAACUGGGGGAGAUGCUUGGUUGGAAAUAAUCUAGAUAGAAUUUUUAAGAAGCAGAUUUUGUUGUUGCUCCAGCAAAAUAUUGUUGGAUCUUUGUGGUUUAAUUUGUUCCUCCUUUCCUUCUUGAAGGAAACCUGCUAUGUGAUGCUGAGCCCACACUGGGGCACUGUGCAUCCCCCUUUUCCCCUCACUCCCCAUGAUUGAGGAUCUGGUCAUCUUUUGUAUGAGCAAACCAUGGGAAAUGGCAGGUGAAAUUUCUGGUUUGCAAAGGUAGAUCUGAGAAGGCUUUUUUGGGUGUGUGUGUGAGGGAGAGUGGUAGCGGGGAGAAAAGGAGACUGUUACCUCUGACAUUUCAAUCAGUCCUGUGGUCAGCAGGGCCAGCUAUUACAGAAUUGCUGCAAUUUGGAGGGUGAAAAGAAGAGGAGGGGCAGAAAGAACGGCUGUGCUGGAGGCUGUGACAUUCCAGAUGGGGGCUGGCAUGGGAAGCCCCUCCAUUAUGAGAGGGUCUGGGUGGUAGUUCUAUGUUUAUUUGCCCUUCUUCAGUCUGUUUCCCAGAUUUAAAGAAAAAAUACACAGGAAGCUGCCUUAAACAGAGCCAGACCAGUGGUCCAUCUAGUUCAAUGUUGUCUGCACUGACUAGCAGAGGCUCCUCAGGGUUUAAGGCAGGAGCCUUUCCCCAGUCCGGCCUGGAGAUGUUAAGGAUUCAGCCUGCAGCCUUCUUGCAAGCAGAGCAUGCACUCUGUCACUGAGCUGUGGUCUUUCACGUAAAAAGCUUCUAGUCCUCAUUGUUCUAAACAGAGGGCUGAAUUAAAUAGGAACAUAGAGAACUGUCUUACUCGGGGCUGUGCUUUCUAGACACAGGUCUGUGUCCAAGCAGUUUUUUGUGGGUUGUUGUUGUUUUGUCCCAUAACAUUCUACCGCCAUGUUCAGAGGCAGUAAUGGUUUGGAAUGCCAGUUGCUAGAAACCACAGGAGGGGAGAAGGCUGUUGUGCUUGAGUCCUGCUUGUGGUUCCCCACAAACAUCUGAGUGGCCAGUGUGAGAACAGAACACUGUGCUAGAUGGGUUGCUGGCUUGAUCCAGCAGGCUCUUUAUUUUCUUACGAAGUCUCUUGGACAACAUUUGACCCAGAACAGGUCCUAUCGUUUGCAGCUUGCCCUGAGCUUUUGCAACAGGGUGGGAACAUACCUCCGGAGAAUCAAAGUUGAGUGCCAGCAUACAACACCUCUUCUUUUAAAUAAAAAAAGCCAUUUAAGUUUUUAUUUUUAAUUUUAAAAAACCCAACCCUCACAUCCGUGCCCACUCCAGGCUUAUGAUGUUUUCCAUUCUAAGAACAGAAACCAUUUGCAAGAUGAUAAAUAAACCAUUUAGGCAAAGAGAACAUUUUUUUUUUUUAAAAAAAGCAUUUUCUUUCCUAAAAAAAAUUAAAAUAAACACAGGCCAAAUAACAAUAUUGCAGAUCACAGAGGACUCCACUCAGCAGAGGGAACCUGCUGGAGGCCAGGCUUUCAUGCCCCUGUCUUCCUUAAACACCUAAUUAUUGUAACUAGUCUCUCUGAAUUUAAGGCAAUUAGCGGUUGUCAUUUCCCUCCCCCCCUCGCAAAAUCCCCCUCCCCUGCUCCCCAUCAUGCUGUGGGAAAGGUGGCACGGCAAAUGCGAGAGACUUCCCCCGUUUUGUUCUCUCUCGCUGCCAGGUAGAAGCCAGGUGUUGGAAAUCUUGCCAUCUCUCCCACGGUCCCUCCACUGCGAGGAUUAGGAGUGGAAUUACUCUUACAAAGUGAGAAGGUGACUAAGAAAGGGGGCAGUGUCCCGUUGAAUAGGAAAUUUGCUUUGAAGGGGCAGAUGGGGGCCAGGAAUAGUGGAUGGAGAAAAAGGGAGAAGGGUCUUUUAAGGAAGCGAUUAUGUUGAACUGGGGGUGGAGGUGGGGUGGAAGAUUUUAGGCCCAAGGGCCUCUUUGACUUCCAGAGAGCUUUCCGGGGGCCAUGUGCUGGCGGUGGGCAGGGCCAGAGGCAAAAACAAGUGAAACAAUUUUGUUUCAUAUAUAACAACAAAAUAAUACUGUGGCGGUACCUACGAAAGGCUGGCUAUUGAUACAUUUAAUAGUAAUCAUAAUGAUUAAUUUACCUGCAAGGUCACCUUAGCUCACCUCUACCCAGUCAGCUACUUCAAUCAGUGGAACUGGAACUUUUCCAGGUGCCUCAUAACGCCCAUUCUGCAUCUGUAAGAGAUCAAUCUUUUAGCCUGAUGGCAUCUGCCCUUUGGAACUCUCUGCCUUUUGACAUCAGGCAGCAUACCCUCCAACAUUUCCCUGAAUGCAUAGUAUUCUAUGCUUAUCUAUCUGGAUAAUAAAAUAAUCCUGUGUCUGAGGUUUGCAUUUCAGUGAGUAGGUGUCGGCUCGCAUGAUGAAGCCUAGUCUUCCUGCCCACAUGCUAGAUUUCUAGGUGCAGGGAUUUAUUUAAAUGACUACACCAGAGUAUUCCAUGGUGUAAAUCCCUUCUUGCAGUUGCAGUCUGUAUUAACCCAGGCACAGGUUGACCACCUUUGAUUCAAUGCAAUUAUAAAAGCAAGUACAGUGUGACCUAGGCAAACAUGUUUUGCUCACUGCAUCAGCACUUGUAGCCAGCUGCGAAUGAAAAGCCGAGGGCGGCGGGAAGGGAGCCACCUGUGUGUAAGUGAGAGUGCAAAGGGAUUAAAGGGAUAAACUGUUCUGAUCACCAAAAACAGUGAAAUAGGAUAGUUCUUUAAUCCUCUCUCUGUUCCUCUGGCAGUGUUAUGGUCUAACUGGCAUCAGGGGUAGAAACUAAUCCAGGGCAGCUUUCAGGAAGAGGACAGUCUUUACCAUUAAGAAAAUGGACUGGUCCUACCGUUGAUGAGAGAGGAAAUUCCUGCAAGCAACCUUGGAGAGCUGUGUGCAGUCAGUGCAGACAAUUAUGAGCUAGCUAGAUAGACCAGUGGCCUGAAUCAGGAUAAGGUACCUUCUUGUGUCCUGUGUUUCCCAGGGUCUGAACUCCCUCCCACCAGAGGGCUGGUGACAAUGGCAAGAAGGCAGCUCAGGGUAGACAGAUGCCCCCUCAGCCAUGAUCUGUAGGGAAAGGUGAGACUGUCCCCCCCUUGCUUGAGUGACGGCAUGAGGUUACUUGAUAUAUGAAAGAGAUGGGGAAGGGAGUCCACCUGGGACAGAUGGGUCCUGAUCUCCAACCCGAUAAAGACCCCUGAGCUCUGAAGAGAACCCUCUGUGAAAAGUUCACUUGCUCCAAAAGGCCUUAUCUCUUCGGAGUCAGGAAGCCCAAUUAUCAUGUUCAGUUUUACCUCCAAGACAGCAGAAGUACAACAGAUUGGAGGGGGGGGCGGGGAUAGCACCACCAAGGGAUUCUGUUUCAAAGGUAACUUCUUGAUGGCGGAGGAAGAGUCUGUGUCUGUGGUUGGGACUGAGGAACAAAUAUUUGGUGCAACUGCAUUUGGGAAACUGUGUACAGUUCUGGUCACCUCACCUCCGAAAGGAUAUUGUAGAAUAUGGAAAUGUUCAGAAAAGAGCAACCAACAUGAUCAAGGCGGAAUGGAGUGACUCCCCUUAUGAAGAAUGGUUGCAGCAUUUGAGAUUUUUUUUAGUUUAGGCAAAAGUGGCUUAACAGUCAAUCUCUCUUCCCAGGGAAUUCUGGGAAUUGGAGCUCUGUGAGAAGAAUGUGGGGGCCUCCUAACACCUCUCAGCAUCCUUAACAAACUACAUUUCCCAGGAUUCCUUGGGGGAAGCCAUGACUCUUUACAUUUUAAGCAUUUUCAUUCCGCUUUGAAUAGGCAUGGCUUUCCCACAAAGAAUUGUGGGGUCUGGAGUAUUUUUUAUUAGUUUGUAUAUAUUAGUAUUGUUAAUUGUUUAAAUUAUUUUUAUUAUGUAUUUUAUGCUUUUAUAUUGUAACUUUGUGUUUGUGAACUGCCCUGAGACCUACUGGUAUAGGGUGGUAUACAAAUUUUAAUAACAACAACAACAACAACAACAACAACAAUAAUAAUAAUGCUGAGCAUUGUUAGGAGAUCCCUCUUCAGAGUUUUUAGGAGAUCCCUCUUCCCCGCACAUUUCCCAGAGUUCCUUGUGAAGAAGGAGUGAUUGCUAAAUCACUCUGGGAAGGGAAUAGGGGUCUCCCAGCAAUGCCCAGCACCCAGGAUUCUUUGGGGAAAUUCAUGCCUGUUCAAAGUCCUGUGGCUAGAAAGCACAGGUCCGAGUGGUUUUCUACUUGACCCGUGCUUUCUAGGCAUGGGUCUGAGUGGUUUUCCCCUUGCCCUGCUCCUUUCCCAUGGAAAACUUGCUCUUUUAGUGCUAAAUCAGAGCAAACAUCCACCCAGAGAAAAUCUCAAUUGCCAUUUGCCAUUUGGUUUCCACAGGGAAAUAUGGCUUGAGAAGGCUUUGUUUCCUGUCUUCCGAUUCCAAUCCUUGAUCGUCUCCAGCUCUAGGUCCAAAUUCUGUCCAAGCUGCUCCUGUUCCUCUUGUGAGAUUGAAUUUGUUGCUGGUGCUCCUGUUCCCCUGUGUAGGCAGGAGGCCUUGCCCGUGGAAAUGCAUACCCACCUGAAUGCUUUCUGCCAUCUGUUCCAGGCACUGCAGCUGCCUGGUUUCAGGUGAUUCCCCCCAGAUGGUCUUUGGUAAUGUUACAUGUAUAUUAAUGCUGAUUUCCAAGAUUCUGCCUCUUUGUCAUGUUCCAACAGUGACCUGCAAGGGUUUUGGAAAUGUUGGGAGAGACAGAAGGUGUCUCCAUUACUUUGGCAUUCCUCAUUUCUUUCCUGAAUGUGAUUUGUGGAGUUGGGAGCAACUCAAUGCUCCCAAUUUCAGAAGCUGAGGCAAAGGUUUUGGAGAUUGGUGAAGAAAGAUGGAUGGGGGUGGGGUGAAGAGUGGAAAAGAUGGGGGCAACAGAAACUGCUGACCACUGCCCUAUGUGGCAAGUUGCAUCACUGCAGCUUGUCACGUGAAGAGCUGGGAACGGCUGGCUCCCUUCUGGCUAGCCUUAUCACUGCAGUUUCUCAGCAAAGAAUGUUACUGGCUGACUUCACUGAGGUUGGCUAUUGACUCCUCCUAGGCAGGGAGAAUUAACAGGGUUUCUUGCCUCAGUGGCAAUUCCUGACAAGCUUUAUUUGACUUCAAGCAUGUGUGUUGUUAUGCAUUCAGUGGUCUGUGUUUGCCUGAGCUUGACUCAGGACUAAGGAUUCUGAGCUCCUGUAUUUUGAUUCGAUAUAUGUUGUCCAAUCACAGAACAUUUCAGGAUUUGGGCCUCUGCCAUUGGCCCUUGAACUCUUGAGUCAUGAUUCGCAAUAUGGAAGUGUAGAUAGCCAAUCACAUUGGGAGUGGCCCAGGCUUUCAGAAAUGUAUAUAAGUAGUUGCUUUGCCUCUGUUUCCCAGUUAUGUAAAGGUUCUUGAUGCUAUCACUGUGUCUUGCCUCAUGGGAACUCACCUACACUUCAUGUGUCUAACAUUGCUCUUCAGAUCCUUCAGUUGUGGUUGCUUUUCAGUCCUGACCUCUGGUUCUCAGCUCUUGACUUCUUCCCACCAUCCAGCACUGGCAGGAUGUCAGGACCCUCCCUAUGUUCCCUAAAUCCAUGCCUAGCUUCCCUGCAAUAUGAGUAGUUACCACUGGUGGACGUAGAUUCUUGCAUUGCAGGGGGUUCUAUGAUCUAAAGUUCUGUGGGUCUAAUUGUUUUUACUCAAGGAGUGAGAGCAGAGGUAGAAUACCUCUGUCCUGCCUGGGGGCCAAAUGUGGUUCUGCAUAUCUCUUUAUCUGGCCCUCAUGACACUCCCCAGGCCACACUUUUUCAGGCCACACCCUUCACUGGCUCUGGUCUACAACCUUCUGGUGUUUCACUAGGGAAGCUGCAGCAAUGCAGCACACCACAUGUGGCAGUGGCCCGCAGUUUCUUGCUGGAAUGUGUCCUUGAAUUGUGAUAAUGCCUCUUGCUUUUUUUUCUUUUUUUUUUUUGGAUGGAGAGGGUAUGUUUUGAGAUACAGAAAUUAUAAACUUUUGUAUGGCCGAAAUACAACCCAUUGUAAAGAAGUGUCAUAUGUGUUCUCUGUCCAGGUAAGUGUCAUAUGUGUUCCUCUGUCUCCAGGGCUGCCAGAAACCCUGGAAAGCCACUGCCAGUCCAUGUACAUAAUACUGUGCUUGAUGGACCAGUGGUCUGACUCAGUAAAAGGCAGUUUCCUAUGUGAUCAACAAGGGUGAAGUCCUGUGUUAUCUGUGUAGCUCAGCAACAUAUGGAGGGCCAGAGCUUGAAGUUGGGCCACCUUAUUUAAGGUAGUAAAGGAAGCCAAACCCUCCACACACAACCUGAAGUGUUUGCUUCCAUGGGAACAUGAGGCUAGCAUGGGAUGCAGACAGUAUCCAACGCAAGCAGAGGGCAGGUGACACUAGGACCUCGGACAGCUCCAUUGGUGCUGAAGAUGUUUCUCUGCUGGGAGCUAAUAUCAACUGAAACUUUAUGUGGAUUGAUCAGAUCUUGAGUGUGAUAAGCUGCCUUGUGCAGGAGGAGGUGACUAGAUCAUAAAAGCCAAUGAAGCUGAGUAUCGGAAGACUUGGGACAGAUAGAAGGAAGGACUUCUUCACACAGCACAUGGUUAAGCUGUGGAACUCACUCCAACAGGAGGCAGUGGUGUCCACCAACUUGGAUGGCUUUAAAAGAGGAUUAGACAAAUUUAUGGAGGAUGCAAUUGGUAUCUAAAAGCCACCAUGGCCAUGCUCUGCUUCCACAGCUGAAGGCAGCAAUGCUAGUUGGCCACUGUGACAGCAGGACGCUGAACUAGAUGGGCCACUGGACUGAUCCAGCAGACUCUUCUUACAUUCUUAUGUUCUUAUGAAGGUGCCACUGAUGACUUUCAGCCUGUCUGUUCUCCUUUUCUGCUGCAGGUUUCUGGUACAGCCCAGAGUGUGACUACAUCCGCCACUGCAUUGUCCAGUCCCAAGAACUUGUGGAAGGGACCGUUCAGGUCUCUGUCCUGAAAGGCAAGGUCUACAUUUUGGGAAGGGAGUCCACACAGUCCUUGUACAAUGAGGAGCUAGUGAGGUAAGCAUGGUGAGGGUGGCCAGUGUGUCUCAAAUCCUCAGUGUAUUAGGGACUUCCCUUGCAUUUGAACAAGGCCAUUAAUGGGUCCAAUGAUUUCUACAUUUGGGCAUGUUAAAUAGCGUUUUAUUUCAUUCAAAACGUUAUUUUCUCCACUAAAUCCAGAGAAAAGGAAAUUUACUUAAUUACAUAAACAAAAAAACAAAAAAUAAAAACAGAAAAACAUAAAGUAAGGUAAAACAUUUAAGAAUGAAUUCAAAGCAGUGUAAAUCCACAAUAUGUUACUCAUAUGGUAUUUAAAACCAUUUUUACAGUUGCAAAACAAAAGAAAUGUUACCUGAAAUUGAAAAAAAAAUGAUAAAGCAUAGCCCCGGAACUCAGAUUCUAAUGAGAGGGGUGGGACUGUUUUGAUUCACACAAUGUGGCUGUAUCUGGUUGAAUCUGAGACAUCUGCAACCGAAUACCAGGCUCUGCAUUAAGAUGAGAGUUGUAUUUUGUUUUAGUAGCCACAUAGGUAGAGAACCCUGAUUCACAUAACUAAAUUGUUGCAAAGGGCAGGAUUAUUUUUGCUUUAUCUGAUGAAACUUUAAAUUCAUCUUUUAGCUGACCCCAAAAUUCUGAUAGUGAUUUCUUAGUUUCAAAAUUAUCUUUUAUCGCAGAAUCUGAUGUCAAAUUGAUCAAGCACUCCUACUGUUGCAGUGACAGACGUACUGGCUUUUCUGACACAGCAGAGUAUGUGUUUACAACCCAAAAAAUUUCCUUAAUUUUUUCAUGGAGUACUUCCAUAAAAUAACAGUUGAAACUAUCGAGCAAACUUAGCAGGUGAUUGUGAAACUCAUGGCAUGUCAGAAUCUAGUUCUUCUCUAAAUACUUUUACCAUUUGGAAGCUGUCUAGAUUUCAAAUUUUCAUUGAUUCUGCCCAAAACUUGAUUUUCUUUUAAAGGCUUGUACAGUGGUACCUCCGGUUGUGGAUGAGAUUCGUUCUAGAGCUCUGGUCAGAUCCCAAGGUUUCUGCAACCGGAGGUGCCUGUUCUGCGCAUGCACACGACACAAUAAAGUGCUUCUGAGCAUGCACACAGCAUGGUAGAGUGCUACUGUGCAUGUGUGUGCAGCGAAACCCAGAAAUAUACUUCUGGGUUUGCCAUGUGCAUAUCUCAAAGGAUAUGUAACAAGAGGGGCACAUAAGCAGAGGUACCACUUUAUCACUAGCAUUAAAAAAAAAGUUAUUUCUUUUCCUUGAAGUGAGAGACUUAAGUCAUUAACUUUUUUAUAAAAAAUCUGUUAAAUAUACCAAUUUUAUGAGCCAAUGCUCCUCACACAACCUGUCUCCCAAAGCAAAGUGUUCAUCUGACUUUGAAAUGAGAAACUUCAGCCCUCAUUUCAAAGAGUUGAGUCAAAGUUUUGCCGUGAGAAAUCUACCUUACUUCUGUGUGAAGAAGUGAAGAUGUGUGCAGACUCCCCAUGUCACCACACAACAUUUUGAAUAGCCUUGUAUUCUUAGGUAAUGAUUUGAUAAAAUUAAUUACUUUCAUGUUCAUUAUCCCAUGGGAUGCCCUUCAAUGUGAAAAAUUCAUCUAUUAAGUUGAAAAAAUUCAACUUAGUCAGUAACGGCUUGCAGAGAAGCAGAUUCUCUUGAAAAAGACUUCAAGUAAUGGUAGUGCACAAAUACUGUUGGAAUUGCUAACACGGCCACAUCCAUUGAGUCAUCCAUUUGAAGCUAAAAUUCAGUGCAUUUUAUUUGUGAGAGUAAAGUAGCUUUCACAUCCUCCACUAAGUCCCCAAUUCUUCACAAGAUUGAAUUAUUUGACAAAGGAGCGUCAUACCUUUUCCAUCCAAUAUACCUUCAACUAUGUCUUUACACAAGGCUUGAUAAGGUUUUCAGAGAUGGUAUGGGCUUCGCCAGCUUGGGCAAAUUGGUAACUGACUAAGUAUGACCACCAUCAAAGCCUUUUCGUUAACUGUUUUAAAGUGGUAGGAUAUGAUUUUCUGGGCUUGUGUAAGUUCACCAUACUUCCUUCUGAAGAAAUCGGCCUGUUUGGUCUUGCGUUCUGGACAGACCCAACCCCUCUCAAAAUGACAACACAUUUUUUCUGGCAACAUGGCACUGCGUGGAGACACUUUACCGCAAAUUCCGUACUCUGGUUUGUUGCCACUGGUCUCCACAGACCCAAUACCCAAGUAAGAAUUGUGGUUCUUCCUUUCCCCUGUGGCACCGGACUCUGAAGUACUAGGGCUAGGCAGCUGGUUCAACAUUUCAGGAGGUUGUAGAUUUGACUUUUAAACAAGACCUGCAUUUCAGAUGGGAGUCUUUUGGAGCCCUACCAGGAGGUGCCACUGGGGAUUGAACUUGGGACCUUCUGCAUGCAAAGCAGCUGCUCAACCCCUGAGCUACAGCUCAGCUCCCUGACUCAAGGAAUCAACACUCCUUACACCCCCUGUGCUAAAAGUGGAGGCAGAGAAAGUUUCCCCACAGACAUAACCCAUGAAUAACUUAGGAGCAAGUACUUCAUCUAACCUGUUUUUUUUAAAUAAUAAUAAUAAAUAAAUAAAUUAAGCAAAGGUCUUGUUUAAAAGUCAAAUCUAUUUUUUUCUUCCCCACAUUGCACUUUCCCCCUCUUUUAUUCUGCUGUCUGCCUCUCUCUCACGACUUCCCCCACCCCUCCUCUCAGCCCCUUUCAAUCCUUCUAAACACUUUAUAAGCCAUAAAUAUACCCAAAUCAGUUUAGAUCAGUCAGAGUAAAUGUCAAAUUAUCCUCUUCCCCCCAUAUCUCGGCUUCUUUCCCUCCCUCCCUCUUGAAAUCAACAGCUCCUAAUAAUCCGUCCCCCAACCUUUCAUUAUCGUUUGCAUUCUCAUGCGGUGGAGAUUAAAUGAAUAACGUUUUUUAAGAAGAGAGAGGGGUUUUUUUAUGGGGGAGCCAGAGAUGGGAGGUAAAAAAACAGAGAGAAAGUGAAAGAGAGGGGGGUUUGAAACAGGAGCACUUACUCCCAGUGUGUCUUUAGCCCAUUACCCCCCUCCCCCUGUUCCUUUUUUUGAUUUCUACAUCACUGGUUUGAAAAGCGUUUGAGUGACGGCAUGGCGGGGACCCGCGAGGGAGCCGAACGAGGUGCAUCGCAGCAAAAAUGCCUCCGCGCAGUAGGUAGAAAGUAACGUAAUUAUAGAGCAGGUCAGAACCACUCGGCUGAGCAAAAAUAAAAGCGCAGAGGUUUUUCUGCAGCCCGUCAGGGGAGGUAACAUCAUUGUAAACUCUCUCUCUCUCUCCUCCCCCCCCCCCAAUAAUAAAAAGGGUUGUUUUUUCUUUGCAAUUUUUAGAAAAUGAACAGAGUUAUAUGUGUGGGGUGUCUCUCUCUCCCCACCCCCUUUGCAGAGGCAAGAAACUAGCUCAUUUGGGGUUUUCGUACUGAGGCAUACACUCCAUAUGUUAAACGCACAUUUAAAGUGCAUAUCUCAUCCACUCUGAUGAAUCCUGGGAACUAUGGUUUGUUGUGGGUGCCUGGAAAGGGAGCUCCGUGUAGGAUAAUCAACAGUUCCCAGGAGUCUUUAGGAUGUUUGUUUUAAAUGCUUGAUGUAUACGCAAACAUUUAAAGGAUAUUUAAAGUGCACUUCCUUCUCACCCUGAAGAAUAAUGAGAACUGUGGUUUGUUGUGUGUGCUGGGCAUGAAAGUUCUGUGUGGGAUAAACUAUAGUUCCUAGGAUUCUCAUGGGGAAGAUUAUAUGUAUGGUAUGUACAGGGACAUUCAAAGCACAUUUACCUAUCCAUCCUGAAUAAUUCUGGGAACUGUUGUUUAUUAUGGGUGCUGGGAACUGGAGCUCUGGGGUAAACUACAGUUCCCAGGAUUCAUAGGGGUUAUUGUUUUGAAUGUAUGGUGUGGACAUGGACAUUUAAACCAUGUUUACCACCCUCCCCAAAGAAUCUUGGAAACUGUGGUUCAUUAUGGAUGCUAGGAAUGGAAGUUCUCUGUGGAGUAAACUACAGUUCACGGAUUCUUUGAGUGGGGUGCAUUAAAUGUUUGUUGCAUACACAGACAUUUAAAGGAUAUUUAAAGCAGAUUUCUCACCCACAUUGAAGAAUCCUGGUAACUGUAGUUUGUUGCAGGUGCUGGGAACUGGCAGGGUAAACUCCAGUUCCCAAAGUUCUUGGGGUUCUUUAACAUUAUUUAUUUAAUAUAUGUAUAACCCCUCUUUCUCCCAGCUUGUGAUUCAAUGUGGAUUAAUGUGUGGUGUAUACACAGUCUUAUUCUCACAGUUAUUAAAGCCAAGUGUGUUUUCUUUUAAAAUACAGUGGUACCUCGGGUUAAGAAUUUAAUUCGUUCUGGAGGUCCGUUCUUAACCCGAAACUGUUCUUAACCUGAGGUACCACUUUAGCUAAUGGGGCCUCCCACUGCCGCUGCGCCGCUGGAGCAUGAUUUCUGUUCUCAUCCUGAAGCAAAGUUCUUAACCCGAGGUACUAUUUCUGGGUUAGAGGAGUCUGUAACCUGAAGUGUCUGUAACCUGAAGCGUCUGUAACCCGAGGUACCACUGUAAUUAUGUCGGCCUGUUAGGAACUCAUUCAGAAAGCAAUGCCUCUUAAUAGAUCAGGGACUGUGUGACCCUCCCUGUAUUGAGGGACUCCAACUCCCAUAAUCCAUAGCAAGCUCAGCCAGGGGUCAGGGACAUAGGAGUUGUAGUCCAGCUACAUCUGGGGCCCCAAGCAAAUCCAGCGAGGCUGGAGGCCAGGACCUUGGACAGAGCACAGAGCACAGCUCAAAUGUUGCUUCAGCAACAGGCAACCUCAGACAGAGCCUUAUAUGAGCUUGUCCUGUCUCCACUGAGAGAUGUAUCUUCUGUUAAAGAGGACUAGCCUGCUUCAACUGCCAAUUAUUCCAGGGGUACAGGGAGACUGUGGUUCUGCUGGGGCUUUGGGGGUGAGGUUUUUGGAGUCAGAGGAGGACAACGUGACCUCCUCAGGCUGGAAACAUGCUGUCAAGAUGGACUUAUCUGGAGCUAUCCAGGGCUGGCUCUGGGAACCAUACCUUCUCCAACCACCAUACCUUGUCUGAAUCCAUGACCUCAUCCCCUGAAAAUGUGCAGGUGGACCACCAACGUUCAGCUUCAUCGGGUGUUCCUGAGUUCUUUUGCUAGGAGAGGGAAAAAAUGCAACCUUUCCUUAUCUGCUCUAUCCACACCGUGUAUGAUCUUAUGCGCCUCAGUCUUGUGGGUGUAUGUAUGUGCAUGCAAGGACUGAACCCUCAAAUCAGCUUUCGGAAUAUAUGUUAAAGCAAUAAAAUCUCACGGUGGCAGCAGCAAGCAACAGCAUGUAGCACUUUCAAUUAAAAGCAAAUGCCUUACUCAGGUGAUUGCUUUGUCAAAAUCACGAUCCCUGCCAGUGUUUCCAUUUUUGUCCUGCCCCUUCUGGAAACUGAAACUGCUGUGUCGGAUAAUGAAGAGCUAUAAUGGCCAUUAAUCCCCAAUCCUUGUUUUCCAGUUCCAUAUUUAACAAUUAAAAUAAUUAACAGGGUGUGAUUAGAGCCCCCUGAUUAUGCCAUGGUUGCAAUGAGCCCCUUGACGUCCUUUGCCCAGCUCUUAGUGCUGAGACAAUCUGCGGAUUAGGCAAAAUGAGCUGAUAAGAUUCAAGGCCAUUCCUCAGCAGGGGAAAAAAGAUCCCAUGCAUGCUGUAAACUAGCAGAUCAGGCCCAGAGAGCUAUGGCAACGCUUCAUGCUCUGCUACUGUACUAAUUAAAGGGUUUGUGUUUCAUUUUCUUUCUUUCUUUUAACAUCAGGAAGCAUUAUGUAUUUUUUAAAAAAAUAUGAUUUAACACUUAGGAAGUGCUUGCAAUUUGCUAAGUGCCAUGCAGGUAUUAAAAGAUGAAGGCGUCUCUGAUCGCAGGCUUACUACUGACUAGUAGACAAGUGGAAUUAAGAAAUCAAGAGUUGGAGCAGCUCCACCAUUAUAAGCGGUAUUGCCUAUGGAUACCAACUGCUGGGAGUUGCUUGGGGGAAGAAUAUUGCUGUUGUGCUCAGGUCCUACUUCCUGGCUUCUCAUCAUGGGCAUUGGAUUGGUCACCAAAUCCAGUUAACAAUGCUGGAAGAGAUGAGCCUGCAAGUUUCUUACAUUUAGCUGGUCCUUCAUUGACUGGUGGAUGGGGGCCAAGUGGCUAUCCCUUUGCCAUGAUGUUUUCCCUGGAGGUGCUAACUUCCAGUGUGGCCCUUGAACCCCUGGCUAGCAGCAGAGGCCAAAAUGUGCCUCCCUUCAGACUUAAAAUAUGAUGUGAUUAUUAUUAUUUUUAAAAUGCAGCAGAGUAUUGAAAACUACAUUUAAAGGCAAGCUUUUGUUUUUUCCCACGUGGGAGCACUCAAAACACAACUCUCUUAAUUGCAGAUUUUGCUGCUUUUUUACAUGACAAAGUAUUCAGUAUUCUGAAUUAUUUGUGUUUAUUUAUUUUACAAAGGAGAGUAUUUAAAAUUCAUGUUUCUAAUUACAGGUUUGUUUUAUGUAAGGGAACAUUUUAUUUUAUUUUUUAAAGAGAAUAUUUAAAGAAGUGUAACCAAUUGGAUUCUGCUCAGAGUAGAUCCGAUGAAAUUAAUGGACCUAAAUUAGUUAUGGUCAAUAAUUUCAGUUGGUCUACUCUGAGUAAGACCACUAUUGGAUACAACCCAGUAUUUUAAAUCCUGCUCUUUGGCCAAAAAAGGCUCUCGGAGAAGGUCACUAAAAAUAGACAGUCCCUGUCCGCAGGCUUAUGCUCUUAAACAAAGAAAAGACACAGCACCAAAGAAAAAAAUGAAUUGGCCGGAGGAGGAAAUGAGCAAAGUUUUGUACCAGUUCUCAGUUACAAGUUCCUUUAAUGACCAGCUGCUGCGGCAAAGUCCGAGAGGAGAGGCCAAAAGCUGCUCAUUUCUUAGCUGUGCCAAUGGAAUGGUUCUGCUUCUCUUCCCUUCUCUGUAGCAGUCUGAUGGAAUACCUGCUGCUAUUAAUGGAUCUGAUGGAGGCUUCUCAGCAGAAAAUAUUCUGUCUUUUUGUUGUUGUUGUUGUUGUUGCAUGGAAGAGGAUUUGAAAUGAUGAUGUAAGAGCAUAAGAAGAGCCUGCUGGAUCAUGCCAGUGGCCAGUCUAGUCCAGCCUCCUGCUCUCACAGUAGCCAACCAGGUACCUGUGGGAAGCUUAAAAACAGGGCCUGAACAAGUUGAGCUGGACUCCAACUCCCAUCAGCCUCUGCAGCCACCAUGGCCAAUGGUCAGACACGUCCAGAGUUGUAGAACAGCAACGAAGUGGUUUAACAACCAGUUCCUCUCCACGUAGAACUCUGGAAAUUGUAGCUUUGUUGGGGGGGCAUAUUUCCUAACAACUCCCAGCACCCAUAGCAAACUAGAGCUUCCAGAAUCCUUUAGGGGAAGCCGUGACUGCUUAAAGUGGUAUUAUAGUGCUUUGAAUAUAUGGCGUGAAUGUGACCUUCAUCAUAGCCAUUAACUUCAUUGGGUCUACUCUGAGUAGGACUAGGGUUGGUGCCAACCCUUAGCCUUCAGCCUUACCAUACACACAUAGUAUCAUUUUCUUAGGGCUGCCAUACAUCCGGAAUUUCCCGGACAUAGCCGGGAUUCGGCCACCGGAAACAGUGCCCCAGGAGGAAAACGCUUAGAUGUCCAGGAAAAUUCAGGCAUAUGGCAACCCAUUGUCAGAAGUGUAGAUUUUUUUUAAAAAGAGAGAUUUAGAAACUUUGGGCAAAAAGAAAAAGAAAAAAAAAGCUCCACAACUUUGCCCCAAAACUCAAUAACUUUUGUGUUGAGAUUUUGACUUUUUGAAAUUUAGUUUUCAGAGGGAACAGCAUUCCUAGCUCUGCCCUGGACCUCAAACAUCUGCUAUGGGGUCAAACUAAGAGGCUGGUCUCAAGGUGAAACACCCACACUGACACCCCCUCCCCACAUUUUGCAAAGUAAACCAUCCUCUUGCAGUUGAAGUGAUGCGGGGAGGUGGGAGAGAGGAAAAAUGGGUUGCUUUGGAGACUUUGGGGGUGCCAAGCCAUUGUAGAGUAUCUUUUAUUGCUUUCUAAUUAAUGGGACUGUGCUUGGUUUAACAAAGGGGUAUUUCUGAGCACCUUUAAUGGGGCUCCUGGUUUUUGAGAUAGAAGUUGCAGGGAAACAGAUCACUGGUAAGGUAGGGGACUUAAGCUCAUGGAGGGGGCUCCCCUCUCUGCAGAAGCUCAGAGCCUUUGAUUCUGCAGUUGAAAUAGGAAACAGAGAGGGCUUUGUCACCCAGCUUGGACUCCAGGACAACCACAUUCUGCCUCCCACAGUGCACUGCAGCACCUGGGGUCAUUUUGGGAAUGUGUGUCUGAGUGUGUGUGUGUUAAAUAUGUUAUUUUGGGUUGUCAAGGCUGCGUUCUUUAACUGAUGGGGGUGGUAAACCUCAGGCACCCAGGGGACAAUUACAACCCUCUAAACCAUGGGUAGGCAAACUAAGGCCUGGGGGCCGGAUCUGGCCCAAUCGCCAUCUAAAUCUGGCCCAUGGACUGUCCAGGAAUCAGCGUGUUUUUACAUGAGUAGAAUGUGUCCUUUUAUUUAAAAUGCAUCUCUGGGUUAUUUGUGGAGCCUGCCUGGUGUUUUUACAUGAGUAGAAUGUGUGCUUUUAUUUAAAAUGCAUCUCUGGGUUACUUGUGGGGAAUUGGAAUUUGUUCAUUAUUAUUUUUUUCAAAAUAUAGUCUGGUCCCCCACAAGGUCUGAGGGACAGUGGACCGGCCCCCUGCUGAAAAAGUUUGCUUACCCCUGCCUUAAGCCUCUCUAUGUGGCCCUAAGAACUCCUGAGGCCACACCCCUCACUGGCCCUUUAGAGGCUCCCCCCCCAAGUGUUUUUGCUCAGCUGGAACAUGUCCUUGAACUGGCAGCAUAUGCACCAUACACUUAAAGUUCAUUUAAAACACGUUCCAUACCUGCAAAGAAUCCUGAGAACUGACCUGAAGCUACAGUUCUCCGGAUUCUUUGCAGUGGAAAAAACGUGUUUCAGAGGUAUGGCACAUGCACAUCCAGUGCCCCUUGCUUCUCUGGAUGAAUAAAGCGUAGAGAAGAGGUAUGUGUGGAAACAAGCCUAGUGUACAAAAUUAAAAUUUACGUUUGUUUCUCUGCACACUUUUGCCUCUGCUCCUGCCCACCACUGGCAUGUGGCCCCUUGAAGGUUGCCUAGGAGGGAAUGUGGCCCUUGGGCUGAAAAGGCCUCCUUGUCCCUUCUUUAAACAUCUCAUUGAAUCAUAGAAAUGCAGAGUUGGAAGCAAUGCCAAGGAUCAUCUAGUCCAUCUCUCUGCAAUGCAGGACUCUCAGCUAAAGCAUCCAUGACAGAUCACACACACACAUACCUAUCCUGGUCUCUAGAAGUUGUGCGGGAUGCCUGCCUUUCCACCGCUGAAAGCCAACCUUGGCACUGCGUUACAGUCUUUAUUAUAGCCACCAAAUCAUUCUUUUGCCUUUCCUUCCUGCAGCAUGGAUGUCCAGGGCGAUUAUGAGCCAUCAGACGCUACUGGCUUUAUCAACAUUAACUCCCUUCGGUUUGUAUUGAAGCGUUAUAGUUUCAGAAGCCUGCCAAUGUUCUAGGCAGAUGCUUUAUACCAUUAGUCUAUCUAGCUCAAUAUUGUCUGCACUGACUGGCAGCAGCUAUCCAGGGUUUCCGGUAGGGGGCAUUCCUAGCCCCAACUGGAUAUGCUGUUGGGGAUUGAACCCAGGGUCUUCUGCAUUCAAAGUGCCCUUCCCCUAAAAUAAGGUUGCCACACCCCGAAAGCUUUUUUUAGGAAGACCCCCUACCUUAAAUGAAAUAAGGUUCCUCAGGGUUCUGAAUUAAAGUAGGAACCCAGGACAGUGUCAUCUACUUAAUCAGACCACUUUGUCAAUAUAGCUCAGUAUUGUUAUACUAGCAGCCACUAGUCUCCAACCCUACCUGGUAAUUCCUGCCUUUUCCUCUUCCUACCCAAGGUCUGCCACUCAGCUGGGUGGGUCGCAGGGCCCCUGUAGACAUUUGCCCCCAGCAGUGGAGAUGGAGCCUGGGGUGGCUUCUACCCUGCCCAGAUGUGGGACAUGGGGUCUCCUUAGAGGAGGAGCAGGGAGGAGAAUGGGGACAAAACUAGAGUGAGUUGGCUCCAACUCUCAUUGGCUCUGGCUCCACCUCCUCUUUGGUCUCCCUACAUUUCACCCUGACAGUCUCAAUAGCCACCAGCCCUUACUGGCAUGGCUGAGUUCUUCCAUUUCAGAGUGGCUGGGGGCAUCACAUGCUCCCCAGUAACGAAAGAUUUCCUUACAUACAGAAAAACCUAACACCCCAUGCAAAAGACUGCAUUCCUCCCUAAUUCAUUGGACUUCUGCAUGCAGUAUGCCUUCAUCUUACAGUCAUGAAUUCUAUAAAGGAGAGAAUCAGAUGGCCCUAACUGUUUAGCUAAUGGAACUUUCCAGGAACAGAAAGCCCAGCUUCCAGGAAUAGAAAGCCCAGCUAAUUAAUGCUAUCCGCAAUCAUCUAUUUUGUUUUGGGUUUUUACAUAAUCUGUCCUAUGCACACACCCUUCUGAAAUCGGAGAGGGGGUAGAGAGACACAGUUACCUAAUAGCCUCUUUUGCCCCUUCCCUCCCCCAGUAGCAGUCUGUUAACUUAUUUGUCCUGUGCAUUAAUGUACACUGUUCCCCCCCCCCUUUGGAUAAAUUAAUUAUACAAUGAUGAGUUUUCCAGCAGCAGACAGGAAAAUUUAGAAAAACUCACAUAUCACCUUGCACUUAUUACCCCCUCCCCGCUCGUUUCAUUUAUUUGUCUCAACUUUGCCCAAUACUAAUUUUAAUUCAGAAGGAAUUUCUCUCACGUUCUCUUUCUUUCUGUUGGUUUCCAGGCUGAAGGAAUAUCAUCGACUACAACGCAAGGUCAAAGCACAGCAGAAAUAAUAUAAUGGGUGGGGUGGGGGCUGCAGGCUUUUUCUUUUCCCACCCAGCUAACACACCUAUGUGCCACUCACGGCUAAUUGCAGUAGUAAUUGGUAAUAGUUACUCAUCUCCCUGUGCCUUGAGGGAUCCCACAAUGGUUUUGUUACAGUCUUUUAGUGGCAUCAAUGAAAUGGAAUCAAGAAAAAGGUGGUUGGUGGAAAGGCGGGAGCAUCACCACGCCUGUCAGUUUGCACACGAAUAUGUUAUUAAAAUAUCUGUGCCAUUAUUUCUGGAAUCUUAAUGAACGGGACCUCCUUUCUUUCUGUUUUGCUUCUCACUGUUUCCCUCACCCUUAUUCAGCCAAGCUGUUUUGCCAAGCUUUAGUCUUUGUCCUUUCAUACGAGUUUAAGUGCAUCUGAAGGACAUGCUGGAUUGGGCUUGCUUUUUUUUUUUUUUGUGGGUGGGAGGGAAGAAACAGCAAAAGGAAAGAGGGCCCUGGACUCUACACAAGCCCAUCACUCCACCUGUGGGGAGACUAAAGGGAAAAUGGAAUGGGGGUGGUUGAGGGAGGUGAAGAAAUAAAAUAAUUUGUUCCAUUUUGAUCACCACUAAGAGCAUUGCUUUCUUUGUCUUUGCAUUAAUUGCAACGAGGUCUGCUUUAAUUUCACCCUUUAAAAAAAGUCCCUUUAUUAAAAUGAAUUUCUCAAUUUGUUUUUGCUUCCACCCCCCUCCCCGCCACCACCCACAUCCCUACAGGGAUGCUUCAGUUUGAAAAUAAAAAUCAAGGUAAAAAAGGAUAGAGAAAAAUGGAGAAGGUUGCGCAGUGGGGAAAUGUGGAAUUUUUCAAUAUUCCACUUGAAGCGUCAACUGUGGACUUGAACUGGUUCCAGAAGAGCUUGAAACAUAGAAGGAAAAACCAAUGAGAAUUAGAUUUGCUUGUGCUACUGUAAGGUACAAAAGUGUCUUUAGAGGAAAACUUAUAUCCUGCUCGGCAGAUAUUGAGCUUGAUGUCACACAGCUGAAAGGGUGUAAAACCAAGAGAGAGUAAUCUGUAGCCUUCCAGGUGUUCUUGGACUCAAGCUCCCAUUGUCCCUGAAUAGGGGUGGAAAGAUUAGUCAUUUCCAGUUCUCUCAGUUUCUCAUUUUUCUGUUCUUAAAUUCAGUUUUCCACAACGCUCAAAUAAACAAAUAAUUCCUCAUGAAAAUUCA